AUGAACUUCGUAACUAGGAUUUUCCAUACUUUUUCCGUGGUUGGUGAUGUGCGGUACGGAUUGGUGGUAUUUGGUGACAGUGUUAAGGUACCUUAUCGAUAUAUUUAAUUUAAUUAUAGCAUCGAUGUAUCAUUUUUAAUAAGCAUUCACUUGAUCAUUCAUUAACCCCUGCAAAUUCGAACUCCUGAGAGAAAUAGUCCCACAAUCACAGGACAGAAGUAAGAGUUGGCUAAAGCGGAUAAAUGGGGGAAAGCAGUUUUCAAGGAAACUGCUCUACGUUCCAGUCUGCGAAUUCUCCCUCAUCCUGAAAUUAUCACAUGGGUGGGAGGGCAGAUAUAAUCAUCGGAUUAUGGUUUGAUCCUUAUGAACUUGAUCAUGACAGUAGUAGAAUUUGAGGAGGAUGUUGGCGUCUCCCUUUUGAUGGAAUGCUUUAAUACAAGUAUCAAUCAUCACAAAAACACCAGCCCACGCCGAUUCAAUAUAACUUUCAUUCAAGCUUGUUCCCAGAAGGUCGACUUAUUCCACCUUUAAAAGGAAAUAUAAUUGACAAAUAAGUUAACUUGAACAUCGAAGUAAACUUAUUAAAACCGUUUGUGCGCAAUCUUUUGACCCUAACCUUCGUAUAGUACCUCUUAGACUCUUCUUGAGCUCAUAACGAAUUGAUUUUGUUAUAGCAUUCAUAAUUUUUGUUGGCAGAUUGUUUUUGGAUUUGAUCGGUAUUCCUCACUCUCUGACGUGGACUCAGCAGUUGGCAAUGUCGAGUUGGUGGGUGGAAACUGCAACGUCGGUGAGGCUCUUUACCAGUGCGGUUCCAAACUGUUUACCGCUGACACGACGGGGAGGUCGCGAGUGCUGAUUGUCCUUAUGGCGGGAAGAGCACAGGAGGAUCUAGGCAUUAAAGAUGCAGCCGAUGCCUUAAAUCAAGUUGGAGUAAAAAUCAUUGCAGUAGGAAUGGGAUCUUCUUUCGAUAGAGCACAACUUCAAUCGAUGGCUUUCGCUACAUCUUACGUCUUAAACACCUCCUCUUUCGGCGGAUUCGCAAGCAUCACUGAGAAAGUGAUCGGCCUUGUCUCGCAAGGUAAAUAACUCUCAAAUCUUUUGUCUUCUUGGUAAUAUAAUUCAUUAGUUUCUGUAUUUUCACGAUUCCUUUCUAUUUUGAGAGUGCUCUUUUUCCCCUUGCAUCCAAAAAUCCAAAAGAUUUGCACCCAGGUUUCGGAUACUCUGCAUUUUUGAUGUGUUCGCUUGGCGCUAUUGAGCCAAGUCUUUGCAUUUAGUUCGUAGUGUAAUUUACUUUCAUAGGAAAAAUAUACAGAACUCUAAUCGCAACACUAGGAACGUGUAACUCGAAUUCAAAUUAUGGACUUUUACGUUUCGUCCAUUUUUGUUUUCAGCUGGCUCGGUUACUGUCACUGGACCUAAACCCGCAGUAGGAGAAGGUUUGAUGAUUUGAAUCUUAACUCAGUCUGUCGUCGCUAAAACACUAGACGACUUAAUCUUUUUUUGCAAAAGGGUGAACAUUUGUGUGCUUACGUUUCGUCGUCUCCAUGUUCUUCCUUAGCCUGCAAAACGCAAGUGGAUCUUGGUUUCCUUAUAGAUGGCUCAGGAAGUAUCAACUAUUACGGGGCAGGAAAUUUCAGAAAGUGUUUAAAAUUUGUCAAAGCUCUCACAAAAGCGUUCGUUAUUUCUCCUACUGACACAAGAGUUGGAGCAAUUGUCUUCUCAUACCACAGCAAGCUCGAAUUCGACUUCACUCAUUACAAGACGCAAUCAAAUGUGGAGGCCGCCAUUGACAGAAUUCAAUACCCUGGAUUUACGACGUACACGGGUAAAGGGAUAAGAAUGGCGGGUUCAAAGCUUUUUAACAAUAUCAGAAAAGGCGUUCCUCGUGUACUUGUCGUUAUUACUGAUGGAUAUUCUCAUGAUGCGGUUGCUCAGCCAUCUGCCGACCUUCGAUCGGCAGGGGUUAAAAUAUUAACCGUUGGAUUGGGAACUCAUUACAACAAAGCUCAGCUGAGCGUUAUGGCAAGCUAUCCGCAGAAGCAUCACGUGUUUUCAGUUGAAUUCUCUAAAAUGCCACAAAUAGUCAUGGCGAUACAGGAUAUGCUUUGUAAAGGUAAGAGCUGAAUUUACUUUGGUCUAGAGUUGCAGUAAAGUCCUUUUAUCAAAUAUGUUAUUGAUGCCUGAACUUAGUCAUUAGCAAAAGGAUAAAAUAUUUGUGGAUGCUCAACUUUUCUGUCCACGUAAAUAAAUUAAGAUGUGAUGAAAAGUUUUGUUUUAAUUUAGAGCUUAUAUUUCACGAUGCCUCAAGACAUAAAUUGGGAAGGGCCUUGUUAAAUUUGGCAAGGAUGAUUUCAUUUUCUUACUUUAUGAUUGGUACUAAUGCCAAAACUUGUUAAUCCACUAUGAUGUUUCCACAGCUGCCAUCACUGCUGUCACGGAAGGAACAAGUAAGUGCUCAAAGCUCCUCACAACAGAAUUGAACCCUAAAGGCGGUCAUUUCAUAGAAAAACCACAUAUUAGCUGGCAAUGAAAUAGUAUGGAUUGUCUCACUAUGUAAUCACUUCUGAUGUGCCAUUCGCGUCGGAGGUGAUCUUUAGUCAACUAAUAGGAAAAUUUUAAACUUGAUAUAUUCAAGUAUUUGUGUUAUUGGUAUUCAUUGAUUAGUUAGUUAUGCGCGUAGAUUUGUCUUGUUUGUAUGUCAAUUAAUGCAGUUGUUGUUUCUCUGUAUCAAUGUUUCGCUACGUUAACUGAUACUUGUAUUUAUUUCACCUUUAGCUAAUGGCGUUACUUUACCCUCAGGGGGAGUAGGUGAGUAUUCUUUGCUGCUUACAUGUUCAUAUUGAUGAAAAUUUAGAACAUAACUAGCCUUUUUUAUGUUUAGGUGCCGGAAGUAAAUGUGACGGAAGUUCAUGUUACUUGUUUACCAAAGCUGGUAAGACGUGGACUGAAAAUCAAAAUAGUUGCAAAGACAAAGGAGGUGACCUGAUCUCCAUUGAAACAGAAAAAGAAUGGACAUUCAUAAAUAACGCGAUUCAAAGUCUCAAUUUUGUGGGAGUGAGUGAAUGGCACAUAGGUCUGAAGAAUCAAGGAAAAACAUGGCUUUGGGUUAGUGGAAAGCCGCUGACCAUCGCCAAAUGGCAACCAAACGAACCAUCUGGAAAUGGAAAUGCAAUUGUGAUCUCUAAGAGCGCAAAGGGACUGUUUGGCGAUGUAGAAGAUGAUAGUGCAAAAGCCUAUAUCUGUGAAAUAUCUCAAGGUAAGACUCACUGACCUUGUCCAAGUAUAUAUAGCUACUUCAACUAAUUUCAUUCAUUUGUCCUUGUUACAUUUGCGAUCAUAAAUCAAACAGUUUUAUUUUAUUCGUACAUUGUUUCAGUAACCGCCAGUGCUCUCAUUUCGCAGCCGACAACAGCAGGAGUGGGUAAGUGUACAUUGUAAGUUUCUUAUUGAAAUGACCCAAAUAUCAAUCCCUCCAGGCUAAUCUAGGUAGUUUCAUUGCAUUUCGCGCGGCAAUAACGCAUUUACCACCCCUAUUACGAUAUCAGCUAGAUUACUUUUUCUUUACAAUGUAAUGCCAUAAAAGCACGUCGGGUCGAACCAACUAAAUUUCCAAAAUCUGCCAGAUUCAGUCCUGCAGCGCUAUUUUAGUUGGCUCAAGGUAAUUGACAGAUAAAAUAUAUGCACAAAAACUGCAAUGAAAUGGUCACAUUAUAUAAAAGGAUUCCCAUCGUUAUUCUGUCCUUUUGAACCGAUUGUUUGAGGCAUAAAUCAGAAGCCCAAAGAAGCGUUUCAAGCGUUUCAGUUGAAUUUAUUUCUCUUUAGGAGGAUGCGAUCUGGCCAUCAUGGUGGAUGCAUCGAGGAAUGUUGGAGGAAUAGGAAACUUCCAAAUGAUUCUCAAUUUUAUCGCAACUGUUUUCCACUCGUUUACACUUGGGAAUGGUAUUCGAUACGCACUUGUUGUCUUUGGUGGCAGAACCAAGGUAUGAGAGCGAGGAGGUAUUUAAAAUAAAUAUACCAAAUAAAAUGUUCUAUAUUUGGUUUCUAAAGGACGAAGGAUACCUGAUAAGUGAGCAUAGGUCACAAGAAUAAAAACUACCUACGAGAUAAACAAACAAACAACAACUUCGAUUUAACGUUCUUUUUUUUUGUAAUUUCAAGGGGUGCUUAAAUAGAAGAUUGAGUUGUAAACAAAUUAUUGUCUGCGCGGUAUUCCAAAAGAGAGGUGUUUAGCUCUGUGGAUGGACUCGUUAUCAUUUUCAGUUACUUGUCAAAGUUAUUCAUAUUUACCGAGAAAUAUAAAAUUAAGUUAAAAUUAAGUGGUUGACAUAACCAGAAUUGCUUAUACAUAACAAAGAGGGCUUUUUUCUUGCGAUGUCUUCUCUUUCAGGUUGUAUUUGGAUUCAAUCAGUACACAUCAAUCACCGACGUUGAUAAAAAAAUUUCCAGUCUUACAUUUGAAGGUGGAAGCUGCAAUGCAGGUGCUGCUCUGAACGAAUGCCAGACAUCCCUAUUUGAUGGUGAUGCUGGAGGAAGGAGACGCAUCCUUCUGGUAAUUAUGACAGGGACGUCUGAUGACGAUAUCUCAACCACCGCAGGAUCUCUAACAAAAACUGGGGUUAAAAUAAUCGCCGUGGGAAUGGGGCUAUCUUAUGACAGAAUGCAGCUGUCUGCUAUGGCCUUUACUCAGUCUUACGUAUUUACAACAGCAUCAAUUGACGGUUGGGAUGGCAUUAUAGGAAGCGUUUCUCAAUUGAUAUCACUAGGUAAGUCAAUGAUAAUACGUUUAAUUUCGUCAACCUGGCCUUUUUUGAUACCUCAUUUCCUUUUUCUUUACCUGGUGCACUUGGAGCAACCCUGUAAACAAAGCUGGUACCAUAAAAUGUUCCUCUGUAAUAAUUGACGUAAAUUCAUUUAUAUUUUUAUUAUUUGGCAAUUUUUUAGCUGGUGGGAUCGUUGCUAAUGGAAAGGAACAGGCUAAGACAGGUACGUCAUUUCUUUAUGAUAUUGACGGUUUUGCGUUUCAAUUUGAUUCAAUUUAUAAAAGAAAAUUCGUAAAAAAUGUUCCAUUUUUUCUAGGUGGUUUAGACCUUGCGUUCUUGGUGGAUGCAUCUUCGAACAUUGGUGGAGAGGCAAACUUCCGCCUUGUUUUGAACUUUGUCAGCAACGUUUUCCAUUCAUUUGCACAUGCGAGAAGCGUACGGUACGGACUGGUUGUAUUUGCAGACAGUAUUAAGGUAAGCAAAGGUAAUUUUUUAAAGGUUGUUUAAUGUUUGGAUAAAAUAUUUCUUUGGAUAUCGCUCUCAAUGUGUGUGAAACAAAGGUUAAAUUGUCACUGGCGCAAAGUGGCCCGCACAGUCGAAGCUUAUACCGGUUUCAACGGAACAAAGUAACCAGGAAAAUUGCUUCUCCCUCUGAAUGGGCAGCCAGUCCAUCACAGGAUACCCCCACCCCCGAGAAUUUAGUCAGGUUUCUCUUACAGUCUACCAGUACAUAUUUAUACCCAUGGAUGGAAAGAAGCACCGUGAGCGAAGUGUAUUACCUAAGAACACAACAUUGUGACUAUGACCUACAGAUCAUCGUGUUUCCUCUCCGUCUAUCUCGUAAGUGUAUCAAACUGGGACCAUUUAAUUGCAGGUGGUGUUUGAUUUUGGUCAGUAUACCUCAAUAUCGGACAUUGACUCAGCACUUAGUGGUGUGGAGGUGAUGGAUGGUGACUGUAACGUUGAGGAAGCCCUUUAUAAGUGUGGCUCUGCGCUGUUUACGGAUGACGCCAAAGGAAGGCAGCGGGUACUCAUUUUUAUUACAGCAGGAGUAUUGAAAGGAGACUUCAGUAACGCUGCAGCGGUGUUGAAAACGACUGGCGUAAAAAUAAUCGCCGUCGGAAUUGGUGCCUCAGUUGACAACUCGCAGCUUUCCACCAUAGCAUCUCCUGCAUCUUCAGUACUAAAUGUUGUCUCAUACACAGAUUUGACUGACAUCACUGAUGGCGUAUGUAAAAUAGUACCAAAAGGUAUACGAAACGAAAAAAUUCAAAUUCCUUAUCCAGUUCUCAUAUUUGUUACAAAUUCCCAUCUCUCCCCAAACUUGAUGAAUCAGUUAUCUUUAUCACAGACAGUUAUUGACUCUUGCGUUUUCAAUUUCUAAUCUAUUAUUUCAGAUGGUGGUUCGAAUAUAGCAGGAAUUACACCCAAGCCCACAGGAAAGGGUUUGUAAAGUCUUAUCUACUAGGAAUGUGGAGCCUGGUAGUGCCUGUGAUAACGUCCAUUUCAUUUUCGAUAUAGGAAUUUCUUCAUAACUUCUCUUUUCCUUACCAUGUGAUUAGUCUCGAAUACAUUAGCAGCAAACAGUGGAUAUGAGGUACUAGAACGAAAAUUGGAUAGUUAUUCCAAUGAUUAUGUGGAAAAUGAGCAAUUACUCCUAUACUGUUAAAAGUCAAUCAGGAGGUAGCCUGCAUGACAGUUAAUAAUCACUUUGCCAAGAAAUAGACGUUUGGAACUUCUAAUCGUCUUUUUCUCACCUAGAAUGCAACACCAAGCUAUACCUGGGAUUCUUACUCGAUGGUUCCGGAAGCAUAAACAAGUAUGACCCUGGCAACUAUAAAAAAUGCCUGGGAUUUGUGAAAGGCCUCGCAAAAGCUUUUCCCAAUUCGAAAAUUGGAGCUAUCGUUUUCUCAUAUCAAAGUGAACUGCAAUUCGACUUCCAUCAAUACACAAAUCCAGCCGAUGUUCAGACGGCGAUCGAUGGCUUCAAGUACCCUGGACAUUCGACGUACACCGGGAAAGGAUUAAAAAUGGCAAAGGAGAGACUAUUUAAGGGUGUCACAAAAGGAAUUCCGCGCGUUCUAAUUGUUAUAACAGAUGGAAAGUCACAUGAUGAUGUUAUCAUUCCUUCGGAGGAACUUAAACAGUCUGGUGUGAUUGUUUUAUCUGUUGGAGUGGGAAAACGCUUUAACAAAGCAGAAUUGUACAUUAUAGCGAGCAACCCAAAAGAAAAGCAUGUGUUUACCGUAGAUUUCUCUCAAAUGUCGAAUAUUAUUACGGCGAUACAGCAAUUAGCAUGUAAAGGUAAGUACAAAUUGUUUCGUUACUAAAUCUUUAUCAUAAAACUUAGAAGUGUACCGAUCGACUUUAUGGUUUCUGAAGCACUGUCUUUGCAUCGCUACGUAUCUAAGGGAGGCACUUGUGUAGUUUCGUUUCUUGAAUUCAAGUCCAGUGAAAAAUACCUGAGUAAACCUAGUGAUAUUAUUAGAGAGUAAUAUCAUUUUUGACGAACUCGCCCUGUGCAAAUCUAUUUAUAACAAGAAGCGUACGAAGAGUUUUACUUAUCUAUUUCCCAUCACCAUUGGCAGAUAACUGGACUCUAACUCAGGAAUGCAACCCCUAUUCUUCCAGUAAAUCAUCUGGCUAGGUGCCACUACUAGUGGUAAUUUUUUAAUUCUUUUUCUCUUUAAAGCUGCUGUUACAGCCAUCGAAGAAGGAACGAGUGAGUUUCACGUAUUUGAUCAUCUGUAGCCGAGAUAUUGUUGUUGGUGGUCUGGUUUUUUUUUUCUCGUAGUCGUUCCACCUUUUGUUUAUCUUAGCAUUCGCUAAGAAUUUCUACUUCCUAGAUUUUUUAAUGGGUUUGAAUUCUAUAGAAUGAAUAAGUUAUAACAGUUUUUAAAUGAGAUGUAACUACCGAUUUGGCUGAGUAACUUUUAAUCAAACAAAAAGUGUGUUUGAUAAAAUCGUUAUUUGGAGUAAGUUUCUCUAUUGCAUUAAAUCAUUACUUCUUUUUUUCUCCAUUUUCAUUUCUUAAUUUUUUCAAUUUUCUUAGCCGACGGAGUGGAUCAGUCAGGAGGUAAGAAGUCUUUUACACACUGAAAAUAUGUCUUCUUUUCUCUAUGAAAAUUGGUUCGAUUAAUAAAAUUCUCUUGAACUGUCCGUUUGGAAUGAAUUUUGAAGGGGUUAAAGCUACAGAAUCUUUUGUCGGUAAAGCUUAGCAAUGUAAAACACAUUUUUAUAAUUGUCAUCGUUUCGGUAGGUAAAUGUCUUGCGGAUUCCUGUUACAUGUUCACUAAGUCGGGCAAAACCUUCACUGAAAACCAAAACAGUUGCCAAGACAAAGGAGGGGACUUAGUUUCGAUGGAAACAGAAGAGGAAUGGACAUUCAUAAACAGUCAGAUCCAGGCCUUAACUCUUGCUGGCGGUGUGAAUGCAUGGCAGAUUGGUUUGCGAAAAACAGGCCAGAACUGGGCGUGGGUUAGUGGGAAGCCUCUGACCAUCCAAAAAUGGCAACUGAACCAGCCUGCUGGUGAUGGAGCCGUAGUUGUGAUAUCAAAGGACAAGCAAGGACUCUUUGAUGAUGUUGCAGAUGAAAGUGCAAAUGCUUAUAUAUGCGAAAUACCUAAAGGUAAAAAAAAGCUUUAUCCAUAAAAUAACUAAGUAUGAUUCUUCUAUUAUGAAGAAAUUAUUUCAUUUUAUUUUAACCUCAAAGAUAUGUGUGCACAUAGCAUUUUUGAUCCGCUCGAUGAUAUAAAGUAGGCAAUUUGCAUAUGGAAUAUGAAUAACUAUAUCUACGCAUUGUGGGGAAAAACAGAAAAAAACUCCUAUGAAAUGAAUUGAAAAUUUACGUUCUUAGUGUUAUCCGGAGCUAGUUGUAAUGAUCGGCCAUCGUUUUCAAAUCCCAUACGGUGCUUUUUUUUCUAAAUUAAUUUGAGUUCCAUCGUUCACUAUUUUCAUCUUAAAAGCUGUACCCACCAGUGUCAUCGUAAGCCCAGGGAUAACACGUGCAGGUCUGGCCAUUGAUUUUCUUUGCUUGUUUGAUUGUUUGUUUUGAUUGUUUGUGUUUUUGUGUUUUUGUUUUUACAUCUACGGUUCCCUAUAGUCCAUUCGUGCAAUAUGAUCAUUGUUUGUAUAUCCGUAUGUAGGUGGAUGUGAUCUUGCCAUUUUAGUGGAUACGUCUAAGAAUAUCGAUGAAAAUAAUCUCCAGGAUUUGUUAAAUUUCGUCACGGCUGUGUUCCAUUCAUUUACCCUCGGUAAUGAUGUCAGAUACGGAUUGGCUACUUUCGGUGGCAGUGUUGAGGUAUUUCAUAGCAACGUGUUCUCGCUCAUCUUUAUUGUUCCGCCAUCCUUUUGGUUGCUUAAGGAUCCUCUUUAUCCUUCUUUAUCUUUACACUCUUCUCACCAAAGUUAUUUAAGCCAGCGUAUGUCUAAACUUUUUUCUAGUUAUAGACGGAUUGCUUUUCAAAAUAAACACUAAUUUAUCUCCUUGUGUCUCGCUUAGAUUGUCUUUGGUUUCAAUCAGUUUUCCUCUAUCGACGACGUUGAUAAGGCAGUCUCUGGCGUCAAGCGCAAGGGUGGCAACUGCAAUGCUGGUGUUGCUCUUCGAGAAUGCAAGACGUCACUGUUCGCUGGUGACGCCGGGGGAAGGAAGCGAGUCCUUCUCGUCCUCUUGGCAGGAAAGUCUGAUGGUGACUUCUCCAUAGCCGUUUCAUCGCUUGCAACAGCUGGAGUCAAGAUCAUUGCUGUUGGUAUUGGCAGCUCAUUCGAUCGUUCACAGAUUUUAGCUUUAGCAUCUUCUUCGUCCUCUGCUCAAAGUGUAGGCACAUUUGGCGGUUUGGCAUUUACUGUUGGAAGUUUCACAGGUCUCAUAUCGCAAGGUGAUUAUAAUUGUGCUUUCGAGCUCUUUCUUGGCUUUGAAUAAACUGCUGAAUUUAAAAUGACAUGGCAAAGAUUUUAACCUUUUUGUACCACUUACCCUUAGCUGGAGGAAUUAGUCCAAGCGGAACCACAUCUGUCCCGAAAGGUAGGGUUACUUUUAUUAAUUUUGUGUGACCUUUUUAUAUCUGCGUGGAAAGCGAGGAACUUGAAUGAGGUUAUUAAUUGGUAAUUAGAGAGAUAAAUAGCUAGGUUUUUAAACUCGCGGGUAGAGUGUAAUAAAACGAAACAAUAGCAAAAAUAAUAACUUGCGAGGCCUUUUUUUCUUACCACCGCCGUAACACGUUACUGAGCUAAGGCGAUAUUUCCUGUGGAAGAAAGGGCGCAAGAUCUCGUCCAGCAAAAAUCAACUAGUUUAUGCCACGCCGCUUAUAUUACAUAUCAAUAUUUUUUUUCCACGACUGCGAUUAAAUGCCGCGAGAACAACACGCAUUUCCCCCGAUUUCCUCGGACUCUAAGUUUAGGAGGUCAAAGAUGACAUGCCCACCCUAUAAAAAUAUUACAUUACUAAUAAGCCGAUAUUAAGUGAUCAAACCUACGUUUAUAGAUGGCUUCGACCUAGCGUUCAUGGUGGAUGCUUCGUCAAGUGUUGGAUCCUUCGAUCUGUCCAAAAAUUUUGUUACUGGGAUCAUUCAGUCUACUGGUCAAGUAAAGGGUGUGCGGUAUGGACUUGUUCUAUUUGGGGAUAGUAUCAAGGUAAAACAGACAUUAAUUAUUCUUCCUGUGUAUCUUAUCAUUUCGAAUUACGGUUCAUACGCUUAAUUCCUUUUAUUUUCUCUUAAUAUUCUUAUAUGUUGCUUACGUUUAUCACAAACUAAUCAGAGCAGCUGUUAUUGACGGUAUUAUUAAUGCACGUAGUCCCAUUUUGCUACAGAGAGCUUAACCCCUAUAAAAACUUUGCUUCAUCUUAGGUUGUCUUUGGAUUUAACCAGUAUACCUCCAUGUCGGACGUUACCUCAACAGUUGGCAAUGUCGAGCAAAUAUAUGGUGAUUGCAACGUUGCCGAGGCUCUUUAUCAGUGCAGUUCAAAGCUAUUUACUGCAGGAGCAGUGGGCAGGAAACGGGUUCUAGUAGUGCUUAUCGCAGGAACUCCCGUUCAAGACAUUUCAAACGCAGUUUCAUCCCUAAAAGCAACCGGAGUUCGGAUAAUAUUGGUCAGGAUAGGUGCUCCUAAUGCACAGCUGACAGCAAUGGUGUCUUCUUCGUCUCUGGCUAAUGUCCUAGGUAGUGCUGGGGACUUAACAGGUGUCGUCCCUAUUGUGACGUCCCAAGUGUUCAAAGGUAAUCAUAAAAAAAAUCCAAAAUCUACUUUCAUGAGUUGGUUAACUCAUUUGCAAAGCUGGAUUUCAACUCCUUUUCCAAAGCCUCUAAGUCGAGACUUUUAUCGAGUCUCUCAUUUGUUCUUAGCGAUGCCAGAAGGCAUUUGAGACUCAGUGAAGUUUUGAAGACAGAGAAAGUUAUCAUAAUGUUAAGAUAAAACUUGGUAUCUUUCAGGCCUGAUGGACUUUGAAAUAAUUUUCAACUUGAAACCUCAGUGUGUUGGAAAGUGUUCAAAACAAACAACAGGCAAACAACAAACAAUAAUUUCCAUUAAUUGAAAGCUUUAAAAAUAGCUAGGAAUAAAUAAGUUUAAAAACUAGUAAAAGUGUGGUUUUGGGUUUUAACCUUUUCGUUCGUAUGAAAGUAAUGCUUACUUUUGGCUGGUAUCAGUUUCCCUGUACGAAAAUGAUGAAAUUUGGUGUUGUAUUGACAUAAAAAUUCAAUUUCUUCUCAUCAACCUUUCGCUUUCAGGAUACUCAUUUGAUAUCUUAGGGAGAAGAUACAUGUUCAUCAAGGAGUUUAAGGGUUCAUGAAAAUAAACAAUGUGAUUUAAUUUAUCGAUCAAUGUAGUGUUCAGUCCACUACAUUUGUUAAGGGUCCUUAACUAACGAAACCUCUCCACUAAUCGCAGGGAUUAUCUUUCGUCGAUUACAACUCUUGGUGUUAGUGCCUCAACCCCUAUCUUCAUUUUAUAAAUUCAUCUGUUUGUUUGUUGUUGUUGUUGUCUUUUUGUUUAUUUUUAUUUUUUCAUUGUCUUUUGCAAGCUGUCGGUAUCAGUCCCUCAAGAAUAACACAACCACAAACGCCAGGUUUGCAAUCUCCUUGUUGAUGUAUGCUUUUUCUUUUGCUUUACGUCGACUUUGUUAUUUUUCCUGUCUUCUCUCGAAUAGAUCGCUUUUACAUCCACCUGCAAUACGAGAUUGGUUACACAUUAAAUGGUGUUUUCCGAGAAAUUCAGAGUAUCUUGUUACCUAUUUGCGUGUGUCUGUUUAAUUUAGGUUCAAAGUGCAAUACGCAAGUGGACCUUGGAUUCUUGAUAGACGGUUCCGGAAGCAUAAACAAGUACGAACCAGGAAAUUUCAAACGGUGUUUAAAGUUCGUAAAGGAAAUUAUAGGUGCCUUCGUCAUUUCUCCCACGGCUUCAAGAGUUGGAGCGAUUGUAUUUUCAUACCAUAGCAAACUCCAGUUCGGUUUUAGCCAGUUCAAGACUAACCAGGAAGUAGAAGAAGCGGUUGACCGUAUAGAGUACCCUAACCAUUCAACGUACGCCGGCAAAGGCCUCAAAAUGGCGGCUGAAAAACUCUUUAACGAGCCUAGAAAUGGUGUUCCCCGCGUGCUUAUUGUAAUAACUGACGGAAGAUCCAGAGAUGGCCUUGUACAACCUUCAGAAGAACUUAAAAGGUCUGGGGUAAUAAUAAUAUCGGUUGGAAUCGGCAAGCGCUACGACAAAGCUCAACUUAACGUCAUGGCAAGUAACCCGAAAGAGAAGCACGUUUUUACUGCUGAAUUUUCCCAAAUGUCGAAUGUAGUCAACGCCUUACAGCAAUCGUCAUGCGAAGGUAGGCUGUGGAAGUACUCUGAAAGCUCUGAUGAUAAGACUGUGAUGAGACUAAAAUGUUCACGAUAUAUUCCCGUCAGUUGUAAAAGGUUCUAGUUGUAUCGAAUUUUAUUCACACACUUCAGUAUUAUUGUAGUUAAGAACAUUUUUUACAAUAACUUACGACACUAUCCUACGCCUAGUGGUCGAGAGCCAUAACAAAUAAAAAUAUAUACAAUGAAAAUUACAUCAUAUAGCGUUAAAUAGGCGUGGAAAUAACGUUCUCUCCCCUAUCGAUGAAUAAAAAUUGAUUGCAUCUUGUAUUUCUUUCACAAGUAGGCCUUUAUCGGCAUGGACCUGUUAAAUUAAUUUUAAGCUACGUUCUGUAUCCUGGUUAUGUGAGAUUCAUUCAUCUAAUCGAAUUUUUGUAAUAGUCUCACAUAAACACUUUUUUUUGUGAAAUUAAGCUUUUAAACGAUUUUAAGUUUGCUAAAUAAUUUGGUUAUUUUUGUACUAUCUGCCAUUUUUUUUCUGAAUCACUCAACCUUACGUCUCACCUUUACUUAUGUGACAUAACUAGUGUGCAAUAUUAGGUUUAUCGUGACAGUAUUUCUUUCAUUCUGCCUUUAGCUGCCUCUACGGCUGUUGCAGAAGGAACGAGUGAGUGACUUUGCUUUCUUUUGUCUAUGCUAUAUCUGCCUUGUUGUAGCUGUUUUUUAUGUGCUUGAAAUUCGUUGUUCGAGUCCCCCUUAUUUACAUCAGCUUCAAUCCCUCCCAUUCAUACACACUUUGAUGCUGUUGCAGUUGUCAUUUCAAAGGAUCUUUCAUCCUUUUGCUUUUUCAUGACAGAUUCAGUCCGCAUAUAUGAUAAUUUUACGUUUGAUGUUACUUAAAUAUGUGUUAGCUUUGCGUUUGAUCUCACUUUGAUAUGCUUUUUUUGGCUUCUCAGCGGAUGUUGUAGACUCUUCAGGUAAGUACAUGGGACUUAGUGACCUAGUGUAAAUUUUCUUAAUCUAGAUUUUAUCAUUUACACAUCAGAAAUUAGGGCUUAUGGUAUCAGUUAGCACAGUCACACCAGCUUUAUCCUCUCUCGCUUUCCUCUCAAAUAAAUACCUAAAUGAGUGCAUUCUUUGGUCUUCUGGUGAGACGACGAUUGUGCACUAUGCUGAAUUGAAGGAUUUUCUGCGCUGCUGAAUACGGACAGGGAUGCAAAUUUUAAUAAGUCCUUAGCCGACACUGAUAAAAGUUUGAAUCCGUAAAAUCUGUACAAAUGAGACCAUUCAGUAGGCGAAAUUAAAUUUCUCAACUUUCAAGUGACGCAAAUCCAUUUUUUAAGGAGACUUUUGUAAUUCAGUGGGUGUCCGCCUAAUAGACUCCAUUCUAAAUCUGCAGACUAUCUGUCUGUCCGUCUUUCCGGACGUCGGUCUGUCGACGUUUCCGACCGUCUGUCCAACAGCUUUUUCGUCUAUCUGUACGUUUGUUGACUAACCUUGAAUAACAUUCCUUUGAUUAGGGGUCGGGGAUAACUGCUUUGCAGAUUCCUGCUACAUGUUUACCAAAGCGGGGAAAACAUGGCCUGAAAACCAAGACAGCUGCAAGGACAAGGGGGGUCACCUGGUUUCUAUCGAGACCGAGGAGGAAUGGAAAUUCCUCAGUGGAAAGAUCAAAACACUCUCCCCUCCCGGUGUCCAUGAGUGGCACAUAGGAUUAAGAAAUGUAGGUCAGCAAUGGAUUUGGGCUAAUGGAAAACCUCUCACAAUUGGAAAAUGGCAAACAAACGAGCCUUCUGGAGACGGGAAGGUCGUGGUGAUGUCAAAGGCUACAGGACUGUUUUCGGAUGUUCCAGAUAACAGCAGGAAAGCCUACAUUUGUGAAAUACCUCUAGGUAAGAAAACUAACCUACAGCUAAUCCCAAAAUCCCUCAAAGAAUAAUGAAUUACGCUGAUAAUUUGAAAAAAAAAAACAUCAGAAAGAUUCGAAGAGAAUUUAAUGGCGUGACAUAAUUACUCCAACAUUAUAUACAAUAAAAAAACAUCGGGUCGAGUGUUUGAUACAUUUAGCGAUUCUUCUGUGUCUAAAUAGUCGGUAUUCUUCUAUAUUGUCAGUAUUCUUUGCAUAACAAGUUUGCAUUGAAUGCUGUGAUACAUAUGGCAUAACGAGCCCCCCACCUCCGAUUCCCCGAACUGAACUGUCCUCUAUUGUAAUUCUGGCUGUUUGUUCCCAUGACAUUCCACUUUGUGAAACGGUUCAAUUGGUUCUCUUGUAUUCCUCAGCUGCUGAUAUUACCAACAGCAAAGGAACAGGUCAGUGACUUACAACCAUAAUAGCAAGACAGGUUUAAAAGCUAUAGACUAGUAGAUCACAUUAUGUGUUAAAGAAUCUCACAGAAUGUUUAUAAGAGACGAAAAAAGCAGCUUAAAAGAAUGUUAACUUUUUUUUAAUGCUUGACACGAUAUUUUCGGGAGAUUAUUGAAUACGAAUUAAUUGAAUUUGGAUUGGAUUGUAUCCCCCUUUCCACUCUCUAAGCCUCUCUUUGUCACAAUAAGUAAACAUUGCGUGUGGAGGUCGACAUGAAAACCCGGGUCACACUGUUUGACACAAUGUGACCUCCCCUCCCCUUUAAAAAAUCCUGGCUACAUCCCUGAAAGGGUGUACAAUAAACGAAAGAGGGAUUGCGGAACUACUUGCCAUGUAUAAUUAAAAUAAAUUUAUCUCGAAAAUUUCUUUCUGUAGUUGGUUGUGACCUGGCCAUCAUGGUAGAUGCUUCAUCCGGUCUGGGUGGAAAAGAAAAUGCCAAACUUCUGUUUAACUUUGUGACGGCUGUGUUUCACUCGUUUGAUAUCAGCAGUGGAGAAACACGAUAUGCAUUAGUACGCUUUGGUAAAACUACUGAGGUAUCGGUAAAAUCUAACUUUGUCUUCUUUUAAUGAAGUUUAUAACGUUUGCCUCCUGAUAUGAUUAUUACGAACCGUUGGAAAAGAUCAAGCACGAAUGUAAAUGAACGAUUUAACGUCCACGCAGUUAGGUAUUCGAGUACCUUCUUUGCUGGGAUCAAUUAUAAUAAUUAUCUUCUUAUAUUUUUGGAGAAUCAGAUAGCUAACCUAUAGACCUCGCUACCAUAACAAUAAUAAAAUAAACCUUUCAAAAUAAAUCUUUACAAUUUUUUUCUGUUUGUGUUCUAAUUCUAUGCAAAAUUUAAGCAGAUUAAAAAAAUUAAAUUUCGCUUUUUAUUUAAUUUUCACGGAUAAAAAUUUCGCUGGUGAUGAAGGAAACGCCUCCCAAACUUUACAUUUUAAUUUAAGGAAUAUGAAGAAUUAUGGUGGAACGUCAUCGAACACCAAUCUAUGCAGCUAAGAAAUCAAUAAUGGCGUAAUAUUUAUUGUUCCAUUUAUACCAAAAAGACUGAAGACUGUAAUAAAAAAAUUGAUAGUCCUUAUUCCUGAUAAACUAGUAGAUUUUUUUUCUACUUCAUUAGGGAACGAAGACGGUUUCUAACAGCCUUCUAUACGAUAUGUUCUCUAGGUUUUAUUUGGGUUUGAUAGGUACAAAACUAUCGAUGAUAUUGACGAGGAGGUUGCCACUACAUCCUUAGCUGAACUUGGCAGCUGUAAUGCUGGUGCAGCUCUACAGGAAUGCAAAAGGGCACUAUUUGUUGGUGCCGCUGGAGGAAGAACACGUAUCCUGCUUGUACUCAUGGCAGGAAAGUCUGCAGAUGGCGUCACGAACGGUGCUGGAUCAUUGGCAUCUGGCGGAGUCAAAAUAAUCACUGUUGGAAUUGGUGGUAUUUUUGAUGGUUCGCAGCUUUCAACAAUGGCAACGUUGCCUUCUUAUAAAUUGAGCUCCAUAUCAUUUAUAAAACUUUUUAGUAUAUCUAGGAGCACAUCUUCUCUCAUAUCCCAAGGUACGUACAUCUUUUUUGCAACCCCCAUUCCAGUUCUUGGAAGGUCACUUUUUAAUUCUGAGGAACACAAGCGCUUUCCAAAUUUUGAUACGGGGAGGCCUGGCUUACAUCUUACCCCAAUGCAUAUCACUUUUAUCCGAAAAAAAAGAAACCCUGCCGAAAACUUCAAAUUGAAAAAAGAAACUCUUUUCAAUAAAUAUGUCAUUACGAACGCUGUAGAUCAUUGGAGACCCUCUCAUAUACCUGGGUGACAGAUCUCUUAACUCAGCAUUAUUAUACUUUCACCCAUGAAACGCCAUUUAGUACUGUCUGAAAAAGGAUCAUCAUCAGCUGCCCCACUCCCUUCGAUCACGUUUUCUCGCUGAUAGCAAACUUUUGGAAGGAGCUAUGAACUCCACAAAAAACAGCUAGCCAUCGCAGAAUACUUGAAUCAAUUAGUAAUGUAUAUUUUUCUUGCUACGUUUUGUUAUGCUUGAUUGUAGCUGGUGGUAUAAACGUUGUUGGAAACAUGGACACAUCAGAAGGUAGGGUGUACCCUCCAUAUUCUGUUCUUAUUUUCUAUUCAUUUCACGAUGCAUUAUGACAUUUGCACUAAUCUGAAAUCUAUUUCAAGGUGGCUGUGACUUGGCGUUUAUGGUGGAUGUUUCAUCGAGCAUAACGAGCCAAGACUUGAACCUUGCACUGAACUUUAUCUCCAAAGUUUUUCAUUCGUUUACUCUCGGUAACGGCGUGCGAUAUGGACUUCUAGUUUUCGGGGAAAGCGCAAAGGUACGCUCAAGACUGCUUGUCUCCUUGCAACACAGAUAUUCCAGUUACUAAUAAUUAGCGGAGAAAACAAAUUUAAAAAAUCAUUUUAAAUUAUUGAAGUUUCGUACAUUUUCUUGCAGCUGGUGUUUGGAUUCAGUCAGUAUAGUUCUCUGGCACAAGUGGAUUCGGCAGUCGCAAGUGUAGAGAUGAUAAAUGGCAACUGUAAUGCAGAGGAUGCCUUUGAUCAGUGUGGUACAGAGCUGUUUUCUGGUGACAACUCUGGCAGAUCUCGUGUUCUGGUUGUGCUUAUGGCGGGGAAAUCAGCACAAAAUGUAUCACGUUCCGCUGGGUCAUUGAAAACAGCCGGAGUGAAAGUCAUUGCUAUCGGGAUGGGUGGUUCAGUUGACAAGUCGGAAUUGUCAACCAUGGCAUUUUCGUCUUCCAACGUCAAGACUGUUGCUUCAUUCGCUGGUCUAGGACAGCUUGAUAAAGUUGUGUCUCCCCUUGUGUCACAAGGUAUCAAGUUAAAGUUUUGGUUCUCUCUUUGAUUACAAUUGAUUUUCAAAAUACAUAUCUUAUUGGCAGAAAAUCGAAACAUUUUUAAUGGGGGUGAAAUGUACGGAAUAAACAUUUACUUUUAUGGCUAAUAUUUGUUAUCCUUUGCAGCUGGUACCAUCAAAGGCAAUGGAACCGCUCUGGCAGCAGGAGGAUCAGGUUUGUAACAUUCUUGAUAUUAACAAUCGCCAAAGCAUUUACCAUAUUCACCUAAAAUUUGAAACAUAUUGAGAAGCAUUCCAUACUAUCGUCACGGGUUGGUACGUAGUUUAGUUUUACUACUGACAUGCUGACGGCACGACACGCUAAGAGGCUGACGAAACGAACAGACGAACUAGCGAGGCAACAAAUGAGAGAAAGAAAGAUGAAAUGAGUGUGAAAUUGACUAACAACAUUCUGUGCCCGCGAUUUGAGCAAACCAGAUACAUCUGAAAUAAGGCUGAAAUGAAACGCAGAUAAAUUGAAAAUUAAAUUCGAAAAUAUAGCCAGCAGCAUGUUAGAAGGGUAUUGCCCUGCAUGUUCGAUAACUUAUUUUAUAUAUCAUAUCAUCGGCAUCUUACGUGUGAUACCUAUAUUCUAAUGCAUCAUUUUAUCCUUCAGCUCUACGACAACAUUUUUUUAAGUGUACGUGUCAACUUUUAUUCCUAGCCUUUAAAGAUCAAGUCGAAAUUGGAUUCCUUAUCGAUGGAUCUGAGAGCAUAAACAAGUACGGCCCAGACAAUUUUAAAAAGAUCUUGGGAUUUGUAAAAUCCCUUACCAAGCCUUUCGAAAUUUCUCCCACGAAGGCAAGAGUUGGAGUAAUCGUCAUGUCGCAGAAAAGUGAAUGUAAAUGUGACUUUAACAAAUCUAAAUCAAGGGCAGAAGUAGAGGCAGCCAUAGACAGCAUAACAUACCCUAAUGCGCAGACGUAUGAUGGUAAGGCGUUGGAAAUCGCAGCCGACGAGUUAUUCAGUGACGCCAGGGAUGGUGUACCUCGUAUACUUGUGGUAAUUUCAGGGUCAUGGAUCGGUAAUGAUGAAUCGGAGACUUCUGGCGAACUUCACCGAGCAGGAGUAAAAAUCGUAUCUAUUGGACUUGGAAAGUACUUUAACCUGGCUCAACUUUAUGUCAUGGCAAGUCAAACAAAAGACGAUCACGUAUUCACAGUCGACUUUCCUCAAAUCCCAAAUAUCGUCUGGGCAAUACAGGAUACUUUGUAUAUUGGUUAGUGCUAUUACUCAACAUUAUCACCCAAAACGCACGUUAAACACUCAUAUUAUCGCAGUUUACGAGAAAAACACAAUUCAAACCGAGGCAAAUUUGAAGUCCUCAUGGCACCAUGAAAUGUUUUACAAUAAACUCCCCGGUCUUGUUUCUUUGUAUAAUAAUUUUUGGCUUUUUUGUUCUUUUUUAGUCGCUGCUAAAGCUGUCAAGGAAGCACCAAGUAAGUACAGGUUUUGUUCUUUCCGUUUUUCAAACGGUUAGUACAUGCAUGGAGAGUUAUCAAAUCACCAGGAAACUUUUCAAAACCUAGACUGUUACUACCUUCCUGAAGCCGUAACGAGGCCAACUCAUCUUGAUACCUGAUCAAGUUAAUGUACAGUUAAAAUGCCAAAUAGAAAAAAUUAUCAUAAUUAUUCUGUAUAUAAAUUCUGAUAACUUGGUAGUGUUUAAUCAUUUUAUCUUUCCAUUUUAUACCACCAGAGCCAACUACAACAAGCGGUGAGAAUUUUUUUGUUACUAUUUGAACAGUAUUUUUACAGUUUGAUAUUGUAUUUCAUUCAAGUUUUUCCUAUUUAUUGUCCUCGUUGUUUUUGUCAAUGUCUUGUUUAAGUCAUGAAUAGGAUUCUUUUGUACAUUUCUUUGUGUUAUACUCCAUUUUAUUCCUUCUAUACUCAUCAUUUACCUAUCUAAACUACCUUUCCGUCUACAGCCCCAACAACUACAAACGGUGAGUAGUACCACUUGACUAGUUUUUUUGUUUGUUUGUUUGUAUGUGGUUCUGACAUACCUUAAAAUAAUGUUUUGGUGAUGAUUAAGUUUGACAUAUCUCGAAUAGAAAGUAACACUUUUAUCUUCCCAAAUGUAGCACCACAAGUGACAACUCAAGCCAAAACAACAAGUGGUAAGCAACUGUGUUAAUUUUGGAUUUUCUGAUCAAAUUAUGCUACUCCAUAAUAUUAAAUAUGCAUUAUUUCAUCUUCUGCAGCAUCUCAAGUAACAACUACAAGUGGUACGUCAAAUCUGUUAACUUUAAUCCCGUUGCCUUUUCAUCACUUCAUUUCCUUAAAUACUUUCUGUUUUAAUCUCAUUUAAGUUUAAACACGCACUAACAAUAUCAUCAUCGUUAUUAUCAUUAUCAUCAUCCCUGUUUUCCGAUUUUGGUCGGGGUUGUUAUCGUUUCCAGUGUUCUUUUUUUAUUCAACACCAAAAACUACAAAUGGUGAAUCAAAUAUAUCAAUUUUUGCUGCAUUACCUCCCUACAGCACAUAGCUUUCUUCUCAAUAUUAUUCGCGCGUUUCUGCCUUUUUUCUUUUUCGUGAAAAACAUUUUCUCUCUCCAAACACAGCACCUCAAGUCACAACACAAGUAACAACUACUGCUUGCAUUUUGUCUUCUCAUCAUUUGCCACACAUAUUUUACUCGGCUUAAUUAAGUCCCGAGGCUAUGUCACCUUAUAAAGAACGAGACUGACGAUAGUUACCCACAUCAAUGGCUGUCAACCUCUUUAUACGCAUACGCAUGCACCGCUUGAACAAAAUCCUACAGAACGUCAUUUCAAUCCAAGCAAACACAUACGAUAAUGUUUUUCUUAUUUAUUCAGCACCCCAAGUCACAACUCAAGUUACAACAACAAGUGGUUUGUAUGCCUCGUUUCUUUUGAGCUGGAUUUAAUCUUUCUCGUGUUUUCAGACAUAAAAACUGCUCUUGACUGUCAAAUAUGGUUCAUUUUUGAUUAACCUGUUCUCUUUCCAAACACAGCACCACAAGUGACAACUCAAGGAGCGAGUACAAGUGGUGUGUCACGUUUAUUCGUUUUCUAUAAUCAUCUGCAUAACUCGAACAUCUCCUAUGAUAUUGCCUAUGUUCAAAAAAUUAUAUUUACCCUAAGGGAAGACACGCCUGGGGAAUGCAAGAAAUUCAUCGCCGAAAUUAUAUUAGUUAUUAAGAAUUUCAUACGCUGAUCGCUGCAACUGGUUUUAGUGUCCAUUGUCUUGGAAGACUAACAUAUCUCUUUCGUUUCUGUCUUUUUGUUGUUGUGUUAUGUAGUUUUUAUUUUGCACGUUUUAUUGUCAUUUGACUUGAAAACAUCGUUUUGAAAAAAAAUUCCCCCGCCUUUCCAUUCACAGCACCACAAGUGACAACUCCAGGAGCAACUACAAGUGGUACGUUUAACAAAAACAUUCAUUUCUUCUCCUUCAUAAGGUUUUUUUAGCUCUUUGUUUGAACAUUGUUCAUUCAUCUCAAAUCUCCAUCUUUUUUUAUGUAUUCCUCCAUUGCCAACAGCGUCAGGAGGAACAACUACAAACGGUAAGUUUAAACUUUGCGGUAAUUUAAUUUGUAGGCACCUUACCUCAAACUGAAGUUUAGAUACCGAUUUUUGGAUAGCUAACAUUUGAUUCAUAUGAUGUCAAUUGCAAUCUCUUUUAAUUCUUUAGAUUUUUCGUUAAAUUCUCACAAAGCCACCCUAGAAAUUCCUUUUCUUUACUCUUUUCUACAGCCCCCUCCACAGCCCCCGGAGUAUCUACUACAAGCGGUACGUUUAUACUUUAGUUAGCUUUUACGAUUGCAUUGUCAGAAAGUGCUCACAAUUCUAACGAUAUAAUGAGAUGUUUAAAGAAAUUUUUCUUCACCUUACCUCCGCUAUUUCAUGGUGUACAGCCCCUGGAGUAACUACCACAAAUGGUACGUUUGAACUUCCUCGCUCUUCAAAUCGUCAAUUCCUUUAAAUUUAGGCAGUGCGUAUAACUCUACCGCUCGAUAGCGAUAUUAAAUUAAAGGUUUUUUUUCCCCUUCCUCUUCUCACCUAUUUCAUCUUCUACAGCUCCCGGACUAACAUCUACAAGUGGUAUGUUAAAACUUUCCACGACUUGAAAUGUUGAAUUUCUUUUGAGCUUAAUCACGCAAUGCAAACGAUUCUUACGCUGUAACGCAAUCUUAAAAAAAAAAAAACUUCCCUUUUACUCGUUCUUUUCUUCUUCAUCAUCUGCAGGACUGAAAACAACGAGUGAUGCAUUCAAACUUUCCAACAUUUCAAUUUGUCGAUUCCAUUUAAGCAUACAAUGCACACAGUAAGGAUAACUAAUAUCUAACUUUUAACUUUUAUAUGUCCAAUUACAGCGCCUCAACCAACAACUCAAGGAGCUGGAACUGGUAUGUCUGAAUUUCUGAUUUGAUAAAGUAUACACUGGUUUUUUCUUUUUUUCACCAUCACUUUCUUUAGUUUUUUGUUUAUCUUUAUGUUGACUGUGUGGUAAAGAGAGGUCCGGUUUCGAAACCUGACCGAGUCUCUGUGUUAUGUUCUUGUGUAAAACAGUGUACUUUCUCUCCACCCAGGUGUAUAAAUGGGUACCGGCAAAUUGUCAGAAAGCCUGCUGGGGGUGGGGGGUUAGGAGGGGGGUUAAUCUUGAAAUGGACUGCCAUCCCUCCUAGGGGGAAGAAGUAAUACUCCUAGUCGCUUCAUGCUAUGGAGACGGAAUAGGCUCAGCUUAGAUGGGCCACUUGGCUCUCGUAGAGUCUUUACCUCGUGACCUUUACCUAACGUUGGCUGUAAUUUAUUUACAUGUGUGCUUGUCCUUUUUCAGCGCCAGCAACAACGGCCGGUAAGGGAGUAUUUUCUUAUCACCUUAUUUUACAUAUACCCUUCGAUCCAUUCCUGCUCAGUCUGUGCUCACGUCAUUUGAGUUUUUAACCUCACAAAAUACACUUGGAUGCUGAAUUUGCCAAGUAAAACCUCUAUGUCUCUUAACAGGACCACAAGUGACAACUCAAAAAGCAUCUACAAGUGGUAAGUCUGAGAUAAAUUGAUCUUGCUUUCUCUUCUAAAUUAAUUCAGUAUCUAGAUCUCUUGUUACAGGUUAAAGUCAACAUAGAAUAACCCAUUUACUUUUUCUUGGGUAUUUCAUCUUUCUUAGCCCCAGGAGCAACAACCACAAGUGGUAAGUUGAACCUUCAUACUACGUUUGCAGCCCAAGCGCAAAUUAUCAGGACUUACACAACUAGUGUACUUGACAAUAGCCAAUAGCAUGUGGGCUUUGAAGUUUCUUGUGCUUGUGUUUGUCCUGUAGUGUGGCUGGCCAUGAUUUAAAUAAUUAACAUAGCACUAAUGGGACUUGGUCGGAAAUGUUGGAAAACCUGAGGUGUCUUACCGAUACAUGGGUCCAACUUAGAUCUCAUGAUUAAGAUGAUUAAAGGCAGGAGAUAGGAUAAAAAUCUUCAAAUCAAGGCAAAAUCACGGGUGGAAACUUUUUGCCAACUUAUAUGACGAAAAUUUAAGCAGCCAGUUUCCACUAGAAUUUAACAGCGAAAAAUUUAUAGUGUAGUUUGAAAAGUGUUGCACCAAACUUAGUAGCACCUUAAGUGCCAUUCGGUAUAAUAGUAAUAAUAAUAAUAAUAAUAAUAAUAAUAAUAACAAUAACAAUAAUAAAGAAAUGUAUUUUUCAUUCUUUAAUUUUUGCUUUCAUUUUGCUUUCAACAGCACCACAAGUAACGACCAUAAGUAGUGAGCGAACUCACUUUUAAUUGAAAUAAUAAACUUUACGAAACAUUGUUUCUGAAUUUAUCUUUUCUCGUCUUGUUCUUUACAGCAUCACAAGCUUCAACUACAAGCGGUAAGUCUUAUUUUAACUUUGCUUAACUCCCAGUGUCAAUGUUCUUCAAUUUCAUUUUACUGAAAUGAACACUUUGUCUCAUUUACAGCACCAAAGACAAAAACUACAAGUGGUAUGUCUAAACCAUCGUUGUUUCGAUUAGUAUCCAAUAAAACACUUUUCCAUUUUUGUUUGUUGAUAUUUAUAAAUUUAACAACCUAUUGCUUCAUUUAUAUCGAUAUUUUUGGUGUCCAAUCCUUAUCUUUAGGGCCAGGAGCAACAACAACAAGCGGUAUGUUUUUUUUCUUUUUUUUUUUUUGAAAUCAAUGCUGCUUUGAUGUCUUCGAAACUAAAAAUUGAAUUUGACUUUCUCGUGUCAUUUCUCCACUUACAGCACCACAGUUAACAACUACAAGUGGUACGUGUAUUCAAACUUUAAAAAAUAAGAAACUUUACUCCUAACAAUAACAUUCUUAAAUGUAACAAAUGUAUGGUGUUAUGUAAUAAAGACAUUUCAGUGACUGUCAUAAGAGUGUCAGAAAUUGGCGAGCAUUUGAUGUGUCGGCAACCUCUGAUGUUCUUUCUGUUUUUUUCUUUUUCCCUUGUGUUUUUGUUCUGUAUUUCUUUUCCAAUUCCUCGAUAUCGAGUAAAAUUUCCAGCUUCAGUUUUACCUUUGAUUAACGGUUCAUAUAAGAUAAUAUUUCUAAUAUAUUUAUAUCACUCAUUCAUAUUUCAAUCUUCUUCACUCCUGCCUUGUCAUUACUUUUCAGCUCCUGAAGUUGCAAAAAGUGGUAAAUACGAUAAUGUUGGUCUUGAAAUCACAAAUAAUUGACAAAACUCUCCCUAGAUAAUAUUUAGAUUAGAUUCAGAAAACUAAAAAAAAAGUUGCCAUGAACAAUUUUUUUUUCCGAUCCUGGUAGUUUCUCACCUCUUUAUCUUUAUUCACAAGUUUCCGUCCAAACUAACGAUCCAUUUCAUACACUUUUUUACCUAAGAUAUAAAAAUGUGAAACAUGAAUUUUUUUUUAGCUAAAAACCUGUUUGCGAUUGAAAAAAUUUUUUCACUACACUAAUUGGAGUUGUGAUCGGCUGACUUGAACAUGCUUUAUCAGAGCACAAAUGGAUGCUGAAGCCGCUUCACUAUUAAGGGAAACCAUGGUUUAUUUUGAAAAUGAAAUGUCAGCCUAAUGCAUGGGAGAUCGACGUUUUCUUUUUCUUUAAAGUUCCCUAAAUUACCUUACAUUUUCUUCACCCUCCAACCGUUUCUUGUUUCCUUUGCUACUAAAAAGAGUACAGUUUUUGCCCCAUCAUUUGGUAAUACUACACAUAAAUUUUUCCAUAAAAACGUCUCGAAUUCUGAAAACCUAUUUUUAAAGUGAACUUAUCAAAACAAUGUUUAGCAUGCUCACUCGUUGUCUUUUCCGGCAGGUGGCUGUGACUUAGCAUUUUUGGUGGAUGCCUCGUCAAGCAUGGAUGUUACAAAUUUCCGACGAGUGAUGGAUUUCGUCACUCGCAUUUUCCGUUCAUUUCCUCUCGGCGAAAGUAUGCGAUACGGAUUAGUUCUCUUCGGUGAUAAUGUAAAGGUACGUUGGUCAACUGGUCAUUAGUAUACCGUUGUUCAUAAUGGCUGCAGAAAAUCAAGAGCAGUUAUAGCAUAGGCGCCUUCUAUUUCUAUGCUUUGAAGAUUGUAACUUGUUAGUGUGCGAAGGACCGGCCUCGCCUAAUUUGUACGCAAUGAUAUUCUUUCCCUCAGUUUGACUAAAAUUCUCGCUUUUUUGGGAAUAUCUGCUAUUUUAUACAUGGUUCAUAAAGUAACUGACACUUUAUCGUAAAUAAAACAAAGUGAAUAUUUCUUUAGGUUAUCUUCCGAUUUGGACGAUACACGUCAAUGCCUCAGGUAGACACGGCUGCCGCCAAUGCAAAACAGAUUGGUGGUGGCCGUAACUUGCGAGGCGGUUUGUCAGAGUGCAAAACAGAACUAUUUAAAGGAGACGCCGGUGGAAGGGCACGCAUCCUUGUUGUACUUGUGGCUGGAGAGUCAGAACACGACGUUUCCAGAGAAGCCAAUUCCUUGAAGAGAGUCGGUGUCAAGAUCAUCGCUAUUGGAAUGGGUGGUUCAUAUGACCAAUUCGAUUUAUCAUCCAUGGCAAAUUCUCUGUCCUACAUUCUUACAAUUGGGAAAGUCAGCGAUAUAAACAGCUUACAAGGAAGCUUGUCGACCCUUAUUUUACAAGGUAAUUGUUUCUCCAGUUUUCCUCUCCUUUUUCUAUUACUUUUCCUCUUUUUUUUUUUAUUUCUUUUUGUUUGCUUCUUGACUUUCUUCACUCUAAAAAGCAUAUAAAGGUUUUUUAGCCGAGCACAUGGUCAGUUGACAGGCUCUAAAAGAUUUUAAACGGUUCAUUUCCAAAUCUACUGUAACCAUUUUGCUCCUUGUUCAAUUUUCUGGUUAUUUUGUUCUUUGUUGUUAUAUUUGAUGCCUCUGGCGGUCCUCUAAUUGACGCUUUCAUCUGAAUUAAAAACAACUUUCGGUGACCCAAAAGUAUCUUGCCUUUAAAUCACUUUGGUUGUUUGAUCAUGCCUUUCGUUACAUCUCCUUACCAAUCCGAAACACUUUUUCAUCUAAGAAUUGAUGAAUUCAAAUUCAAUUUCUUUCAGCCGAGCAAGAAGUAACCACCUCAGGGCGUGGUGGUGAGUAUAUGCGCGUAUUUUAGAAGGACAAUGUAGCAAUAAUAGUCAAUUUAUUGUUUUCAGAGUAACACGUUUGGUUUUUUUUGACUCCCUUCUAUAUUCCGUCUUGUGUUUUCCCUUUUUUGGGGGAAUUUCCCAAAGAACCUACAGUUUUUUUAAAGUUGAUUUUGUGAGGUUUGUUAAUGUUCAUAUCUCAAUUGUAUUAUUUUGUUAAUUUUCAAUCAGUUUAUGUCACAGUGGCCUGAACUGAGGUGUAAUCAUCGUAUUCCCCUUUGGCCAUGUCAACAUGUGGCGUCGAUCUCAAGUUACUCUUUCUCGUCGCUUUUUAUAUGAAAGAUACGGUUUCUAAACAUGGAAAAUUACAAAAUAAAUGAAGUUCGUCUAACGACUACUAUGUUUUUCUCAGGUCGUUGUGAUCUUGCCUUUAUGGUAGAUGCAUCAUCAAAUAUUAACGGAAAAGGCAACUUUCAACUGUUAAAGAAUUUCGUCAGUAACAUGCUCAACUCAUUUUCUCUCGGUGGCGAUGUGCGAUAUGGAUUAAUAGUCUUCAGCGACAAAGUUGAGGUGAACUUAUGACUACGCUUAUCAGAUUAGAUAGAGAUUAUCAGAUAAUUUGUUCGAGAGCUACCCUAACCCUAAACCCUAACUCCAAUGACCCGAAUCUUUGAAGGAAGUCGAAAAGAACUAAUUAAAUUUAAUCAACGGGAACAGAGAGUUUGCAUAAAAUGUAACGAAAAGGUGAGACAAUCUCGUAUUGUGAUAGUAAAUGUAAAGAAAAACUGAGGAAAUAAAAAAGCGAGUCAUUUACCUUGGGAAUAAUGAAGGCUCUGGUGGAGGUUCAAAGAUAAUUUAGAUUAACCAUUCUGCAUAACCACACCACUGCACCAUCAAAUAUAAGCAAAUAUUUUUUUUUUUGAGGGACGACAAAAGAAGGCUGAGUGUACCAAGUGUAAACAAGCUUAAUAUUAUUCUAAUUCUUUCAGGUCGUGUUUGGCUUCAAUCAGUUUACCUCUAUGUUCGAAGUUAAUCUGGCGGUGAGCGAGACCCAACUGAUCGGUGGAGCUUGUAACGCUGGUGCGGCACUCACACGCUGCAAGACAACACUGUUUCCGACUACCACAGCCAAAGGAGUUGAACGUGUUUUAGUUGUGCUUCUUGCUGGAAAAUCCUCAGAUGACGUCUUACCACCCACCGAGUCUUUAAUAAAUGCUGGUGUGAAGAUAAUCACAGUUGGAAUGGGUUUAUUUAUCGAUAGGUCACAGCUUUCGGAGAUUGCAUACUCUCAGUCGUAUGUUCUAACUACUGACCUGAUCGCUGGUUUACCAAGCAUUAGCGGGAGCUUGGCUACGUUGAUUUCCCAAGGUUCGUUUUUCUUCACACAUUUUAACUGUUUUAGAACACGUAAGAACUUCACUUUUGUCAAUUGGCCGAAUAUCGUCUCAGUGCCACGAGGGUUCUUUGUUGGAGCUGCAUUUCUAUAACCAUCUGCCAGAUAAUUUUGUGCAAAUAUAAUUUAAAUUAGCUACACAUUUUUUUUUAAGUCCAACGAUGAACUUUUUCCGUCAAUAACAGACAAAUUUUGAACGAUGAUUCGCUGCUGGUGUGUUUAUCUCAAAAAAAGGCAAGGACUUUGAGUACUAAUCUAGUAAUUUCUUCUUUCCUACAGCUGGUGGUAUCACCUUCAGUGGAAAUUCAGGGGCAACAGACAGUUAGUCCUUAUUUCAAUUACUUCUCAAAUACUGAUUCAAACUUUUUUCCAUAGAUAAUUAACGCUACUGAUUGAUCGAAAAAACCCGCCAUGAUAUUUAACAUGAAGUUUCACGAAGGAAGCCCAUUAGCUGGCUCUUAUUUCUUAUAAAUUUUUCGAAUGUUUCAUGUUUCGAAUUUUUAUUAUCUAUUUGCUUUUUUUUCUGAUGUCUUUGUGUUCGCUCGCCGUCUGCUUUGAUUUUUUUAACCAGCUCGAACAUGACUUUCGUAUACAGUCAUUUCCUAAACACUUAUCAUACAACCAUAGAAACUGAGUAAAAUGAGACGAGCAGGUAUGAAGCAAUCAUGUCCAAAAGGUGAACGAACGGCAUAAAACUUUUAUCAACAGCGCAAUUGAGGGGCAGAGAGGAUCUAAUCCCCUCUUUAAUGGUUUAAAUAAAAUAAUCCCCAUUCCUGGAAACCGAUACAUGAAGUCAGCAUAAAUUUAUUUUACAAAUCACUUUUUGCUAACCAAUAUUUCUAAAGGUUUCUUCUCGUGAUGUGCUGUUGCUGUAUUUGGACACCAGAGCUUCUUUUUUUUUCUAAUUUGCUUCUUUUCUUUUCGUCUAGUAAUCCUUGACCUGGGAUUUAUGAUAGAUGGAUCCUCCGCCGUGGGAAGUGAGCAGAACUUCAAACAAAUUAUUAAGUUUGUUAGCGCUGUAAUCCAUGCCUUCCCACUUGGCCAUUACAAAACUCGUGUUGGGCUGGUCGUGUGCUCCUCCGAAGAUUUAGUAGUCUUCAACUUCUACACAUACUUUGACAUGUUUAGCAUAGAUCAGGCGUUGUCUUCAGUGAAAUACCCCGGGACAAACUCGGCUGGGAAGCAGCUACUCUAUCUCGGACGUGGCUUGGAGGUCUCCAAGCAUUUCUUAUUUGACAGCUCGUGGAGGAACCAUGUCCCGCGGCUGCUUGUUAUGGUGGUUGCAGGCAACUCCGCUGACAGCGUUGCUACCCCAUCGAUGGAGAUCAGAUCUUAUGGAGUAGAAAUCUUCUGUAUUGGAGUUGGGAGUGUAUCUAGUAAUUGGCAACUCAAUGCCAUGGCCAGUUACCCCUAUAAUGCGCAUGUCUUCAAGAGUAGCUACGAACAAAUGGGAAAGAUUGCAGAACUACUUGUUACCAACAUUUUGAGAGGUAAAAGGAAAUUUUGUCAAUUCGAUUCCCAUUUCAUUACACGCAAAGGGCCAUUCCGUCCUAUAUAACUUCGUUCAACCAUAAACAACUUUUUGUUUUCAUUUUCCUUCUAAUUCUUUCCAGGUAUUUUCAGGAAUUAUUGUCGCCCUUGUUAUUGCGGUAAGUCGACAAGUCUAUUUAUCACGGUUUGGCUUAGUUCACAGUGCUUUAUUAAUUACGAAAAUAAAUUUUGUAACUUUUCAACUAGUCAUACUAACUAGAAUGACCAUUGCAUUAAAGGUUAUCGGGAUUACUGUGGAUACUGUCCCAGCUAUGUACGAAAGAAGAGAAGCGCAGUCAUUUCAACAGAAAACAAGUACGACUGCUCACGUCAUUCCAUUAUUCAUCCUCUGCCACGUCGUUAUCAUCAUCGACCACGCGAUGUCCACUAUAGUCGCCUCAUCGGCGGACGUCGACACCAGACGGGUUGAUCAAUGAUCUUUCAGGGGGGAGGGUGGACACGAGGAAAAAGCUAAGAUAAAUGGCUUUUUUCAGUAUAUUCUUAAUUUGUUCCCGGAAUAUCGAAUCAAAUCGAUAUCUUAUAAAAACAAUAUCAAAUCUUACAAAAACAAAAGCGACAGAGCUAAAAACUAGAAAAGAGAACUUUUUGGGGGAACACUCCUAGGCUUUUCGAGCAUUUCCCGAACGUUGCUUAUAAUUAAAAGUAUAUGUUUGAAAGGCUUUCUUGUAACAAAUGCAAAAAUACAGGAGACACACUGCUCUAAGUUUCUCUGUGCAAUCGCGAUAUAAAAAGCGAAGAUUUUUAGGUUCAAAUAUUGUCGGAAGGCAGUGCUUCCUAUUUCAAAGCUCUUUUGUUUUUUCUUCCUUUUUGGUCUGAGAUUCGUUUGGUUUAUUAAAUAAGGGAUUUGCUAUAGAUACUGUUUAAUAGAUCUCUUUCCCUCAACGUAAAUGGGAAAUUAAAUGUCUUCUUAUCUCUGUUGAAGUUAAUUCUGAAUAAGAAAUAAAGACUUAAAUUUUGACGUGAUCAGCAUCCGUUUUUAUGCUCCUACAUAUAACUUUUCUUACCCUCGUCUUACUAAAGGUAUUGGGGGACCAUCUAGGUAAACCUAGAUUACAAAAAAAUCUAAAUUAAAUAGAUAAGUUUAAAAAUUGUUACCCUCUAAAUUUAUAACAUAGAAGUCUCAGCCUGAAAUCCUUGAAUCCGUGACUAGUUUAGGUUGGUUUCUAAAUUUCUCGCAAUUUUCCUCGGGAUUACCUCUCUCCAGCUGGUUGAUUAAUAGUUUUUCACCUGAUACGAACAUCUGUACUAUGAAAGUCGUCCUCCAUCGCUUCCCUCUCUCCGUUCCACAUGACACUUAUGUCUGAUUGACGAUGAGCUGGAACUCAACAUACAAGUUUAGCUAGCUACGAAAUGAUGUAAUUGAGGAAUACCCUGAAACUUUUUUAGAUUUUGGAAGUCAUGUAUAUAGUUUCAAUACUCAACCUGGCAUUGUAAAUCUUUUUCCUUUGGAUGUUAACACAGACCCGGUCCUAAAGUGGUGCACGUAUAGCGUGGUUAUUUCCCAAAGCAUGAUGGUGAAUUUAGUAUAACAAUCAUUCCAUUCACGCUAGUUGAAUAUGCGAUAGUGGCUAUCGGCAAAUCGGUGCUCUACUAUCUAAUGUCCACUGCGCGCUCAUAGAAUAAGUGAUGAAACUUCUUUCAUCUAUAGUUCUUUUGCGACUUCUUUCGUUUCUGGAGAUCACAGAAUUAUCUAGUCAAAAUCAAUCCUGUAAGGUUAUUAUUAUUUUUAUUAUUUAUUUAUUUAUUUUACGUGUACUUACCAUGUGUAUGCUUUCCUUUCGAACAAUGUAAUAAAUGCAUCCGCUAAGUUUAUAUCACAUUUUACAUCAAUUUUCAAAAUUCAUGACUAAAACAAAUCUUAACUUGGUCAUUGGUAUUUUUCCGGCGCUUAAGGCUGUUUCACCCUGAAUUCUUUGCAAUAGUUCUUUUGCUUUAAUUGGUUGUUGUGAUUACAUGUACUUUGGUUUUGUUAUCUGAUACUCAAUCAGAUGCGCUCUUUGAGCGAUAAAGUCGAUCUCUCGGGCCAGCCAACAGACAAGUAGAUAGACAAACAAACAAACAAACGGACAAAUAUGGAAGUUCCUCGUAUUAAACCAUUAUUCCACAAAGGGUGAGGAACAAAGCCUUUGAACUUUAUGCAGCGCCUGAUCACACUGUUAGUCACUACAAUUGAGUAUAAGAAGUGGCAGACUGGCUAACGAAAAGGUAAUUAAUUAUGGCUGAGUCUGGGAUGAUCGCGCAGCUUGAAUAAUGUUGACGCCUUUCGUCCUUCAAAAUAAUUGACGAAAGUGAAAUCCUAUUUAACCCUUCUACCCGGAUAGAAACCAGCGCUACGAGACAAGACAGAAGAGAGAAUUUGAUGGCAAAAUUGGAAAAAUUUUCUUGAUAUACGAACUCAAUUUCAAACAGUUAUUUCCCUAAUAAUUUUCGUCGAAUCGAUUUGAAAGUGUUUUCACCAGUGAGCCCUUUGAAAGUUCCUUGUCCUCUCAUGGGAACAGCAAUUUAUUUAGCUACAUGAUAGUUAUCUAAUCAUAGCCAAAAGUGAUAUUCGUUCAGAGAAAUAAACCUCUUAUAUACUUCAUAAUGGCAAUUUGUAAAAAUGACCGAGCAGAAGUAGUCAGUACCAGUUCGCCAGGUGUCCGUCUUUGACAAUGGAGACCGCUUUGUAAUUAACAAUUAGUACUGGCCGUCCGUAGCAGAUUGAGGAGAGAACGAAACCACCGUAAAACCAUUGAAAUCAUUUAUGAGGAAAUGAAUCCUAUUCAGUACCGGGUAGCAUCUAUUACAUUACUCCCUCGAAAAGGAUAUCUUGAUGAAAAUGUGUUAUGUCCUUCAGAUACGAUGAGAUUUCAGUAUCGGAUACCAAAAUCAAUUCUGCCAGCGACUCUGAGCUUGGCCGAGCGCACCUGUUGGUCCGCCAACUUUUCUACGGUGAUCGUUUGUGAAUAUAACAUGGCAUCUUAAACUUCGAGAUGUUAUGUCGUGGAAGUGGAAGUAUUUAGUCGAAUGGGGAUUGUUUACUUAGGAUAUGCAAACGAAUGUGAUUUGAAAAUGCAAAGAGGUUGGAAAACAAGGGUCGACAGAGAACUCACCCAUUUCUUAAUUGAGCUGUCAUUUUUAUCAUUAUCUCAUCAUUUCCUGAAACAACAUACAAUUGAACCAGUCACAAUCCAAUAAAAAGUGAAGAUCUGUCAUCGAAAUUAGAUCCAUUGCGAUGAAGUUCCUGUAUAAGAAAUUAUCUAAAAGAAAUACAAUUAAAGUUGAGUUUUUUCUGCUAUGUAAUAAGAAACUCACCACAUCAAAGAUAACAAAAUCAUGAAUUGCCUUUUAUUGUCAAAGGAAUCUUAAAUUAAGCUAAUUUUAUUAAAUUAUAUCUGCUUGACGAACCGCUUUGUGAGUAAUUGGAGCGAGUUUGGAAGUUAACCACCCGUGAAGUGUAAACACACGCUUCAACAGUAAUAAAAGACCACCUCACAAAGACAAAACCGAUUGAAUUUCAUGUACCUGCAAGAGCCACUCAAUCGCUGAGUCUUCAACUAUAUCAAAUGUUCUUGUACUUAGGAAGGCGCCGGUGCCGUCUUCUGUAAAAUACGGCCUUGAUCAAAUAUGCAUCGUUGUUCGAAUCUUUAUUGUACUUUAGGUCCAUGAAGACAAAACAACAGUCAGGGUAGCCUUCAACAUGGCGUAACCUAAUCUUGUUUGUGGCUCUAAAACGAAAGUGGAAAUUUUUUAAAUCGACGUGAGCUUAGUUUGAGUUCAAGUAAGUGGCUUCAUCUUCUCCGUGAUAAAAUGAUACCCGGUACUAGCCAAUUUUAACUAUGCUUUGUUCGUUCAUCUUCGAUCGAACAUUUGUUUAGUCUUGGAAAGGUGUUAUUUGAGUUUCUUUCAACAGGAAUGAAUGUUAACCUUUUUUUCGUGUUGGCGUGGAACGUCCUUGUCAUCUUUAAGAUCUCAACAGUUUCUAGUGCCUUGAAAAGAGGUAAGGUCAAGAUUCUAAAGCGACUAUUGUUCAGCGAAAUGCUAUGUAAUUACUUUUUAAUCAGUAACAACACGCUUAAUUUCCAAUAAAGAGAAAAGUAUCAAAUUACAGCUAUUUGACUUAUGAUUAGCUGUUGAAUUUUUUAAUUUCAGGUUUAAUCUUAUUGCGCUAUAAUGGCUAAAUUUUACCGCUGGUGCCAUUUACUGUUACAGUAUAUUCAGAAACAAAAUUAGACGCCACUAAUUAAGCGCAACGAUUAUGCUCUCUUGCCGGUAUAUGUUAAAUCUGUGUCACUGCUUUUAGAUCUAAAGGAGUGUAUGAUCUUAUCACAGGAAAGGUUUUAAUUCGGACUGCGUUUCAGAUAAGCAACGAAAUUUCGACUUUUCAACGUCAAUUGAAAUUCUACCUCGUCAAAGGCUCUCUUUUGUCUGCAACCAGAAAUUGGAAAAAAAAGGUUGCAUUAGUGUUCCGUAUACCGCAAUUAGACCUGUCGAUUCAACUGUUUUCGCAACAAUAGACAAUCGCUGCGAAGUACUGUUAGUACUAGCUCAAUUGAUGCAGUUUCAAGCGAGCACAUCCAUUUCGGUUUGCUUUCUGGUGAAUCAUCUGACCUUAACCAAAUUCCUUAAAGGGCAUGUGGUACCUCCCAGGAUCCAUUAAUUCUGAACAGGAGGCAGCGAGCGACCAGGCUUUUUUAUAUUCCUUUCAUCAUCGUUUUUGCGUCUCCUCAAAAAGCUAACUACGGACGAAAAGUGAUACUUGAUUCAAAAAGAAAAAAAUAAAAUGUUGGUAGCUUAAAUAAUUCAUUCGGAAUGCCAUCGUUAGCUAGGGUAAUGUGUGUAGCCUCCCUUCCGCCUCGACAUAUGAACAAUAAGUAUAAGUCUAGUCUUCCCUUAAAAUUUAGGAACCCACGCAUUUUCAAUAUACAGUCAUUGUUUUGUAAAGGUCCUACUGGUUAGUUUUAUAAAAGAACUAAUCGUACUGAUCGCACAUCAUAGUAUUUAGAAGCUUCAGGGGAAACUUGCUUGGUCUGGGGAGUUGGCUGUUGGCUAUAUGCUCAGCGGGAUGAUGAGAGUGUAUCCCACUUUGAUAAAUUUUUUUUUUUUAGCUCUAAAAGCUCAGAACGCCGAGAGCAGGUUUCUCAUCGAAAGAAUUGGUUUGAAAGCCGCUUAUUCCAUCAAACCGCCACACAUUAAGUCAUCACCUCUGGGGAAAAGACGAAAGCAACACUCAAAAGAAAAAGCUCACUUUCAAACAUUAUCCGGUCAUGUGGGAGUAAAGAGGCAAUUUAAUACACAAAACAGUUUGAUUCCACGACCUUUUGAUGUAUCUUCAGUGAAAGGUAAAAUGCCAAUAUAAAUAGUGACAUGUUGGCAGUUAUCAUCAUGCAUUAUAUAUGAAUAUAACUGCGUUUAAAAUGAAGUUCAGAUUACAUUUUAGAAGCCCACAUGAAGUGCAGUUUUUAUCAAAUUGUUGUUUUUAUUUGGAAAGUUAUAAAUAUACCAGGAAUGCUACAUAUUAAGAAGACACCUGUGACAACGAUAUAAGACAAAAAAAUAAAACGAAUAUGACAAAAACAGCAGAACAAACAAAGCAGAAUUCAAUCCCUUCAACGUCAGCCUCAUUAUUCGACUAGGAUUUCGAGGCACUGGGUUGUUUAUUCCACCGUAAAAAUAGUGUUUUCUAUCACCGAAGGCCAGAGAACUUUGUCUCCUUGAGCCAUACCUUGAGAUUGGUAUUGAAAUAUUUCUAUUAUGAUUUUUUUAGGCCACCCGGCUAAGAUCGACGGAGAAUUUCAGAUUCGAACCCUAGUGUUUGUGUACUUUUUUAAACAAAAAUUAUUUUGCUCUUAAAGUGCUUCUCCCCAGCCAGAAUAUUACGUCUGAGGAUCAAAAGGCUGUCAGGUGUACCUGAGAAAAAGCUUAAUAUGUGAAGAUCGAAUUAAGCCGUCAGAAGUUAUGGUUCCACUAACCUUCUAUCUUUUGCCCAGCCUGUAAAACCCAAAUAGAUCUUGGAUUCCUCAUAGACGGCUCUGGAAGCAUAGAGAUGUACGGGAAAGGGAAUUUUCAAAGAUGUUUGGAUUUUGUGAAAUCUCUUACGAAAGCUUUUGUCGUUUCUCCCACGGACACAAGAGUUGGAGCAAUUGUAUUUUCGUCUCGAAGUGAACUUCAAUUUGACUUCAAACAAUAUAGCACGCAGCAAGAUUUAGAAGCUGCGAUAACUCGCAUAAAAUAUCCAGGUUACAGGACAAAAACUGGCGCCGCACUCACAAUGGCGGCAGACAAACUAUUUAAUGACGUUAGACAAGGCGUGCCACGCGUCCUUGUUGUCCUAACUGACGGCGCAUCCAACGACGACGUAGUUAAACCGUCCGAAGAACUUAGAAACGCAGGGGUGGUUAUAUUCUCUGUUGGCCUGGGGACACAUUUUAGAUUAGCACAACUAAAUGCGAUGGCAAGUGAGCCAAAAGCGGAACACGUGUUUACAGUUGAUUUCCCCCAAAUGGACACAAUAGUUACAGCAAUGCAGAAAACGUUGUGCAAAGGUGAGAAAAGAAUUACAGCUUGGAAUUCGCCAUUUUCCAAGAAAUGGAAGUAACACGUGGCUGGCUCAUAAAAUCAUGUGAUUCUGAUAUCGUUGGGCUCUCUCCACGGUUUGUCAUCUUACAUUGACUAAAUGACUGAAAAAUAGACUGAGAGACAGACUGGUUAACUGACUUAAGAACAGACCUUGUGACAAUGUUAGAAUUUUCAAAUUUCUGUUUGAAGUAUGAAGUUUUCAAUUUGAACAUUAUUAUUGACAGUUUUUUGUAAUUUCAUACAGCUGCUGUAAAGGCUGCCGCCGAGGGAACAAGUAAGUAUACUUCAAUUUUUCCCCAGUCUUAACGUAAAUUACCCAAUCAUGUCGAGUCCCACUCUGAAAACUUCAAGCUUUUAAACCUGACCCGCAACACUUCCAUCCAACGUAUAGUAAGAGACUUGCAGAGGGAUUUCAUGAAGAGCCUUGCCAACCGACGAGGCGGUGGUUUUUCAAUGUCUCAGACCACUACUACAAGUGGAGGCAGCUCCUCCGGAGGAAUGUCUGCUGGAGGUGGUUCUGUUUCUGGUUCUGUUCAUGGAGGCUCUGCUAGUGCAUCAGGUGCAGCCGGAGGCGGCGGUGAGUAACUUCACGUGACAAGACAAGAAUUUGACGCAAGAUGAUCUACGUUCACAACGAAGUAAUGAAGAAUUCGAACUUUAUCCCGCCACAUUGGGCAAGUGGAUCACACUACAUUACGACAAAACAUAUAUUAAAGGGACGCAGAAAUACAACUGAGACAAGACACGUUCCUUGACAAUGGAUCCUAGGAUAUCGUCAUGGUAUCGCACCAUACAAAUGACGCACAGAUAACGGAAAUAAUCUGUGACAUGUUUACAUUGGACAGGGAAUCCUAAUGGAUCAUAUAAACAUAUCAUUAGCCCAUGACAGUGGACGAGGAACAAAUAGAGGCCAAUAGACGAUACAGCUAUGACCAGAACCCAACAUACCCUACCACUGAUAUUGCGACUCCCUCGUCAAGCUAACAAUGCUGUGCAUUAAAUAGAUGUAUAAUACGUGACAUCGGUUUGUCUAAUUUAGUUGUAUAUUUCUUCUGUUUAUUUUUGAUAAUCAUUUAAUUUUACCUACCAAUUUCAUUUUUUUUUCAGCUGGGGGAGCUGCUGGUGCCUCGGGAGGAGGUGUGUAGCUUCUUUCAAAAAUUACAGUAAUUGGGUCUUACUAAGAAAACUAGAGCUCGUUAUGCGAGUCUCUUCACGUCUGAUUUUUGCCCUCUGCCGGAGGUAUUUUCAUUUUGUUUACCCUUUUCCAUUCUUUCAUGAUAUUCAUUCUACAAUUCAUUCGUGGAUCUAAGAGUAUGGGCGUAAACUGUUCGAUCCUCCCGUUCAAUGCCACGGUUCUAUGCCACCAUUUAGUUAUGAGUUUUGACUUUGGUAUUAAAAAAUGUUCAGAAAGCCUUUCCUUGUUCAAAUAAAGUUAUGUUGAAUUAAGGUUUUAUGUGAUGUUAUAGUUGCGUUGCAAACCGGGCAGCAUUGACUGAAGGAUGGUGAGAACAUUAUACAACAAUCAAGCAAUUAGAAAAUUUUUAAUCUUCCUGACCGUUUUUUUUUUUUUUUUUUUGCCAGGAGGAUGUGAUCUUGCCUUCAUGGUGGAUAUUUCAUCAAGUAUUGGUGGCGAUGCGAACUUUCAACUCGUCAUGAAAUUUGUCAUUAGCAUUUUUCACUCAUUCACUCUUGGCGGUGGAAUACGCUAUGGUCUAGUCACGUUUGGAAGCAGUGCUAAGGUAAAAGUGAAUUAAGGUUACCCUCUAAAGGUACUAUACAUCGAGUCAAGCACCUAGUUUAGUAAGUUCAUGACCUUGCAAAAUUCUUUUUACCUUAGGUGGUCUUUGGAUUUACCCAGUAUUCCUCAAUCUCAGAGAUAGACUCGGCAGUUGGCAGUGUGACAUUAAUGAGCGGUAGCUGUGCUGCAGGUGCUGCGCUUUCUCAGUGCAAGUCAUCUCUCUUCGAGGGUGACGCCGGAGGGAAGGCACGUGUCCUGAUUGUUCUAAUUGCUGGAAGUUCUACUGAUGAUGUUUCAAGCGCCGCUAGCUCAUUGAAAACAGCCGGAGUCAAAAUAAUUGCUGUUGGAAUGGGCAGCUCAUUUGUUCAGUCACAACUUACUUCCAUGGCAUUCUCUUCAUCCUAUGUCCUUACCGCCGCUUCGUAUGGAGGUUUAGCUGGCAUUACCGGAAGCAUUACCUCACUAAUAUCUCAAGGUUUUUGAGAGUUUGUCCCUAUUCUUUAUUGUUUCUUCGAUUCUAAUUUAGGGACACUUUCUCUUCGGGUAAUUUGGUAUUAUCAACUGAGUUUAUAACGUAAAUUAGCCACCUUAAAGAGUUUAAAAGCGGCGUUUCGAGCGUUAGCUUUUGGUCGGAGCGAAUGACAUAUGGCUUACGCUCAAAACGUCACUUUUAAACUCUUAAUGGUGGCUAAUUUACGUUAUAAACUCAGUUGAUGAUAUUGAAUAACCCUGUUAUACUCUCCCGCCGACGCAGCACCACAAUUUCUUCAGAAACUUUCCCCUUUUAUUCACUUUCCCUUCGACCCUGAUUUUAAUUUCUUCUAGGCUUUCCCUCAGUGCAGACAAGCAGGGUUACUACGAACCAAGGGAUCAUCGAAAAAACAAAUUUAAAGCUUCUUUCAGAAUUUCGUGUUCUUUGAUAUGCACAUAUGUUCAAAAAGAUUUUUUUUAAAACUUCAUGGAUUUUACAUGAACCCCGACAAAAAUAUCAUUGAAAACAGCUAAUGAUAUGCUAUAACGCCGCAACCCCUCCUUUUCCUUAUCUUUGAAUCAUCGUUUGCUAGAAUUGAAUCAUUUAACUUUAUGCUUAGUCGUGCACUGAUUUGAUACAAUCUUGAAAUUAUAGCCGGCGGCAUUACCGCUAGUGGAGGUGCCGGAGGUGCCGGAGGUAUGGACUCAUACGAAUUAUGCUUGUCAUCCUUUCCAUCCUCGAUCGUGUUUGUUUUGAUUUCGUUGUUUUUGUUGAUGUUGUUUGUGGUUUUGCUUAUUUGGUGAUUUUGUUUAACUUACUAGCUAGAUAACUGAACUGACGGUAUCGUACUUCUAUUAUAGACAUCAUGCUUUAAGACAGGCUCCAUUAACAUCCGAAAAUCAACCCAACUAGAGGGCCUGAAAAAGCAAGUUACGGUUGAGGGAACUUCAUUGAAGAUAAAAUUUAUUCCCAUAGGCUAGUCGUGGGUCUAUUGAAGUUUCUCUACUUUCUUAUUCCUCUUUAAGCGCUGCAUGUGUAAAAAGCAUCAUAAUUAUACAUAAUAUAUGCGCAAAACGCCAGCACUCCACUAUUACAAUUAUUUUGCUUGUCAUAAUAAUAAUAAGUUUAACGUAAAAGUUCUGAGUUAGAUAUUGAUUCAAGCCUUUGCUAUUCCAGUUUAGUAACUGGUUGAACUUUCAUACUUUUUAGGUUCCUGUGAUCUGGCCUUCAUGUUGGAUGCCUCGGACAGCAUUCAAGGGGAAGCAAACUUCAAGUUGUGUAUUGAAUUCAUCUUGGUAAUAUUUCGUGCCUUUGGUAUGAGUGGCGGUAUACGCUUUGCUUUAGUCCUAUUUGGAAGUUCAGCUCAAGUUGCAUUUGAUUUCAGCAAAUAUUCUUCAAUCUCUGAAGUUGAAACGGCCCUUGGUCAGGUAUGUGUAUUAUUUUAUUUGCAUUAUCCCAUAACACUGCAUCUGAAAGUGUAAAUUAGUUUGAUUUAGCGAGAGAAUGACGAGGACACUUGUCGUGAAACUCAAGGAUAAAUAUACCCGCGUACAAUUCAGAUUAAAUUAAAAACACUACGGAUCAAAUAAGGACACCUGGCCUUCCGAAAGCGGUAAGGAAUGUCUCACAGGAGAUAAAUCCCAGUCAAAGAGGUGAUCAAAGUAAGAGACCGGGUUUAAAAGGGAAAUAUCUUAUAAAUAAACUUUGACAAAUAGGUGAUCAAACUGGAAGGGAUUUUUUUAAAAAUAAGAAAAAUUUUGAGUGCUAUCGUCUCGCAGCUUAAAUCGCUUUGUAAUAGCUGCGUAUAAAGAUAACUGUUGAUUCUUCUUUUUAAACCUAUAGGUUAAACUCGUCGGAGGAUCUUGUGCCGCGGGAGCAGCGCUUUCCACAUGUCAAUCGUCUUUGUUUGCAAGCGCUGGGGGAGGUGGAGGUGCCGCUGCCGGUGGUGGUGCUGUAAGUGGAGGAGCAGCAGCUGGGGCGAGUGUUUCUGCGCGCCUUCUUGUAGUAAUGAUGGCAGGAAAAUCAACAGACUCCGUCUCAAGCUCAUCUGGUGCACUGAAACAAAGUGGUAUUAAAAUCCUAUGUCUUGGAAUGGGAGGAAGCGUCGAUGCGGGUCAGAUGAAAGAAAUGGCUUCCUCCGCCGAGUAUUUUGUCUCAGUAGGAUCGUUUGCAGAACUCUCUGGGUUCUCGCAGCAGUUUAUCAGCUUAAUUGGAUCAGGUGAGAAAGGAAUAUGAUUAACUGCGAACACAAAGUAACAAAGAUCCAUUUCGAUAAGAUUACCAACGCUGUUCGCCAAACAUCGCACAACACAUUAAACAAUUGUUAUCUGUCCCGGAACACUUUAUAAAAUCGUGAUUAGGUAAGGAUUACAUAUUUGCGGCAACGUUUUAAAUAAUAUAAAAUAAGGCUUUUUCGGAAAGAUAGUGGUGUACUGAGAAGCAAAAUAGUUGUCUUCCACGUGGUUUCCGUCUGGAAAGGCAUCUUAUAGAGUCAGCUUCAGUCAGGUCUAAAAAGGCUGCCAAAGUAUUCUAAACUUUUCCAAAACAGAUUAAGGCGUAUGUGAUUAAUUUCUAUGUUAAAUAAGCUGGAGGAAUUUCAGCCAGCGGAGCAGCUGGAGGAGCCGCCGGUGCAGCUGGAGGCGCCGCCGGAGGAGCAGCUGAAGGAGCUGCCGGUACAGCUGGAGCUGCCGGUGGAGCAGCUGGAGGAGCAGCUGGAGGAGCAGCUGGAGGAGCCGCUGGAGGAGCAGCUGGAGGAGCAGCUGGAGGAGCAGCUGGAGGAGCAGCUGGAGGAGCAGCUGGAGGAGCAGCUGGAGGAGCCGCCGGUGGAACAGCUGGAGGAGCUGCCGGUGGAGCUGGAGGAGCCGCCGGAGGAUUAGCUGGAGGAUUAGCUGGAGGAGCAGCUGGAGGAGCAGCUGGUGGAGCCGCCGGAGCAGUUGGAGGAGCCGCCGGUGCAGCUGGCGGUUUAAGUGCUGGAGGAGCAGCUGGGGGAACAGCUGGGGGAACAGCAGGUUGGUGCAUUAGUUCACAUUGCAUAUAUGAGUUUUGAUACAAAUUAUAUCGGGUAGUGUGCCAUUCAGGGAAGGUGUGCUAACGAGGUUGAUUUUGACGCCAACCAUAAAGCCAUAUUUACAUUUGACAAGAUCUUUACAAUACGUGACAUUUUCUGACAUCACAGCUCGAACGAACUUGACUUUGUACUCAAAAUGAAACGAAGCUUCACUGUACCAAAAACGUGUGACUAAAAUUCCAACUAACUGAAUGUGAAAAUUGCAUUCUGGAUACACUGUUCUCUCCUGCUGCAUCAAAAAGAAAAAUUCGAAUUUGCAGUAUUAAUUGGUGACUUUUAUAGCAUUCUCAUCAAGAUCAACAUACAUUUUGGAGCAUUAGCCAUUUUUAACUACUAAGGUGGGUGUCGACACACCAGAAUUUGUGAUAGUAUUGUAUGUACUGGUCAAGACUGUGAAUUAGUUAGACGAUGGACGCAUUGGAUGGUCUAAAUGUUGUAACAUACAUAACAGCUAAAGAUAUGAAACUCUUCGUAUCGCUUUAAAUGGUCAAUAUUUUGUAACUCUGUUUGCGAAAUAGGUAAGCAGGGCUUUCAAACAAGUCUGCUUCCACGUAAGACGACUCUCAGAAGGGCAAAACAAGAAGAAGCAGGCCGUGGUACAGAAUGAUAACAAAUACUCCUUAGUAUCCCCUUCCUAUGUCUGAGUAAAAGAGGCUCGCAUUACGACGUGAAAAAAUAUGAUAUUUAUUCCUUGACAUUUAUCUUGUCAAUGAGGAUGCUGAUAAAUAACGGCUUCAAAAAUCGUUGUUUUAAAACAAAUUAACAUGCUUUUUUAAAGGAGCAGUCGAUCUGGCUUUCAUGCUUGAUGCCUCUAGCAGUGUAGGUGAUGAUGCAAAUUUCCAGCGGUGUCUAAGCUUUGUUAGAGCAAUCUACAGCGGCGUUACCAUUUCAUCAGCGGCAUUUCGCAUAGGAUUGGUCUUGUUUGGCGCGUCCGCCUCGGUGUCGUUUGACUUCAGCAAGUACAGCUCAGCAUCUGAAAUUGACGCAGUUAUUAUAGGAAUGAAAAUGAUUGGUGGAGCGUGUGCUGCAGGUCAAGGUUUAAGUACAUGUCAAACUCAAUUAUUCGCCCAAUCACGUCAAAAUGCUAUCAAAGUCCUGUUGGUGAUGAUCGCUGGAAGAUCAACAGAUGACGUGUCAGGCGUGGCAGGAGCUUUGAAAAGUUCUGGGGUCAAGAUCUUCUGUCUCGGGAUAGGAAGUUCUAUUGAAAGAACUCAGCUCAUAUCAAUGGCUAACUCAGAAUCGUACAUUCAAGUAGCACCCGACUAUAGUCAGCUAGUAUCAUUGUCCAGUCAUUUUUUAACACUGCUUGGUCAGGUAGCUGCCGGUAAGUAAAUUUUGUACCUACUUACAAAGUAUACCGUAAAGGAGGGGAGUCGAUUUUACAUUGGUAACCCAUACCACAAGUGAACGAUAUGUGUUUGAGGGUAUCUCAUGGUCCGUGACAAAUGUAGGAGGCUUGGUGCCACACAAAAGCAGCCAUGAGCAAAAUAGCGGGCGGAUAUUCAGGAUUUAUAGCAAAGGGGAACACUCGGAAACUAUUUUUGUUAAAAUAAUAGCAAGGCUACCACCACAGGUGCAGGAAUGACCGCUGGAACAAAAAAGAAAGGGAAGAAUUUUACUUGGGUAGGCAAUAAUGCAGCUACAGGUACCUUGACAUUCAUUCCUGGAGAAGGUAGGAGAGUGGAUGUCCUUGCUGGAUGAGGUACGAGAAGAGGAACUACGGGUGGUGCAGAGGGACAACUGCACUUAGGAAUCAUACCCAAUAAAAGUUCCUCACUAGGGUGGUAGGACCAUUGGAUCAGAAGACGGUGUAAACGGGACUUACUAGGUUGUCACCGGGCUGAGCUUCAGUGGUGAAAUGAGAGGUAGCCUAGGUGGAAUAGGCGUGGGUUUCACGGAAUGUAUACCUCUUGGAGACAACGUAACGAGUGUCCCUUGCAGGUACAGGCAUGACCGCUGUAGCAACAGCAGGUGAAGUUGCAACAGCCACAGAUCUUCCCAGACCUAUCCUAGGUGGAGGUGGAGUCGGAAUCAAAGUUUUCUUUUGCAGAGAAAUAUUACAAUAUAUUGCCUUGUUGUUUCAUUUUCAUGGCCACUUUCUGCUUUAUUCUCAGCAUCAUUUACAAAACGAUGAUCAUUUUCCCUUCUUCCCCUCUCCUCUUCCAAGUAACAACUUGAAGUCCCACUCGGUGUUUCUUUUGAAUCCUAGCCUGUUUAGAACACUCUCUCGUUACAGUUCUGGCUUGAAUCGGCGUCUGCGACAUAUGGAGUUAGUAAGGUCUUUUCAGGGAGGCUUAUCGAGAGAAUCGUGAGGGAACAUGUAGAAAAUGAAUGAUGAAUGAAUAUGACAAACGUUUGAAUUCAUGCUUCAAUGAUUGAGAAAUAAAGACAAAUUUAUGUCCUUGGAAACGAAACGUUUAAAUGAAAACUUCGUUUCCGAUACUCAAAGUGAAUAUGAGAAUGGUCUAGUGUUGCAUUUUUAACAUUUGUACUGAUGCAAAAAGGUCAAAUUAAAACUGUCACAGCAGGUCGUCAUGCCUAUGCAGAAUGCAUAGAAACUAAGUCUAAUGCACAAUAUCCUCCAAAUCAACUUCUAACAAAACCCCUGCAGCAAUAUCUAGCGAGUGCGGCUCCGAACACAAUUGCAGCUACGACAAAGAAUUACAAAUUACAACACUGCAACGUUACGUGACAUUUCACUGUAGUAUAUAACAUAACGUUUAGCUUCAUCGUGACUUUACAUGGCUUACUUAAACAUUAAAAGACAACAUGAUAUUGAUUUCAGAGUUUAACAUUGCAAUACAGUAUAAUCGAAUAACGUACCCAGUAAUUACCAGGACGUUUUUUGUGCGCUUUGAAACAUUUAGGGGCGAAGUCGCUUCUUUUAUUGUCCUGGAGUGUUCGUAAAAAAGCUGCGUAAGUUACUUCAGCCAGGCAUUUGAUAUAGAAAAAUCUAUAAACAUUUUAAUCAGUUUUACUUAACUUAUGGACACUUAAAGGGCAUGAUAAAUCCGUCCCGUAAUAACAAUAUCUUUUAUUCAAUAAAGCCGGAGGGAUGGCAGGUGGAGCUGGCGCUGCCGGAGCAGCAGGGGGAAUUUCAGGUGAAUUGACAACCACAAAACUAUUAUUAAAUUUAAGGUGAAGCCUAUCGGAACAGUUGUGUUCAUUUCUAUUUGAACUUUCUUAUGUACCCUGGGUGUAGUGAUCUGGUUUUUAGUAACAUAGCACAUGAACCUCACACUCGUAUGAGGUUUUUCGAAAAUGCAUUGAGAAGUUUUGAAGCUUUGAAGCUUUGGUAUUGACUUUGAAAGUUUAAAGAGUCCAUCAAACCAAUUUUGAACUGCUUCCAUUCAGACAACAGAAUAAGGAAUGGGAAAUUGAGCUCAAUAUCAAAACGACCGAUUUUGCAUGUGUAUCUAGUCAUGUCUUGAUUAAUAUUUGGUGGUCUUUCGGUAAAUAGUCAUAUUAGAGACGGUUAACUUUUUUUGAGUGGACUGAACGUUUUCCAUCGCUUUCAUCUCUCCUAUUCAGGUGGGAUUGCUGGUGGAGCUGGAGGAAUGGGCGUUGGAGGAACCACUGGAGCAGGUGGAGCAACAAUAGGAGGGGGUGGUAUGUUAAGAAUGUAUGAUAUUCUUUACACACUUUCACGAUUCAUCAAUAAUUGCCUCCCUUGCCAUAUUUGCUAUUGUUUCUCAGUUGGUAUUGGCGUGCAACCCGUAAUUAGGAGACAAUCAUUAUUUCCCAUGAUUUGCACUACUGUUCAUAUCGUUUUUUCAAUCCUUUCACACUAAAAAUAUAAAAAAAAAACAAGAAAAAAUUUGCAGUGUACAAAAAGAAACGACGCGAUACAUUUUCUUAUUUUUCUGUUAGGAGGAGUUGCAGGUGGAGUCGGUGGAAUGGGUGUUGGAGGCUCCACAGGCGCAGUCGGUGGUGCCAUGGGUGGAGGAGGAGGUGAGUUGAGCAACUGCUUAUUUCUAUCUUUCAAGGAACAAUUUUUUGUUCGAGUGGAUCCUUUUCUAGUGCUGUUUUCUCAGAAACUUUCGUCUAAGUUUAUCCGAGAUGAAAUCAGUCAGUCACAAGAAUAUAUAACACGUAUAACUGUAUUCUCGAAAAAAAAUCUAUAAAUACAGGCGAAAAAAAGGUUCAACUUUUGAUUCGUCAAACGGUUGCAGAUUAUAAAAGUUUCCUUUUCAUUUUUCGAUCUCCUAUUUCCUCCAUGAGCGAUCCUAUUUUUCCAUCCAGAUUAGAUGUUAAUUAAAUACUCUCCGACAAGUCAAUAAAUAAUCUAAGGACGAAACUUGACGGGUUUAAGUACUCUCAGACUGCCUCGACCCUGUGUAUGUAUAUGUGGGUAUCUUACGUGUACCUGAGUGUAUCAGAAAACUGGCCAAGAAGCUUAAAAUACUUAAUCUCCCCGUAAGUCGUCCUUGGUUAAUAUUCAAGGAAUAGGUCAGAGGUGAAAUAAAAUGGAAACUUUUAACAGAUAAUUGAUCCAAAAAGCUUUCAAUGAUCAUUGUUUUCCGUGUUUUAGAAACUUAGCCAUUGUAAAUGUGAUCUACCUUCAAGGGAGAGGAUAACAAUUUACAGUCCAUUUCGGCACUGCCAGUAUGUAGACCCGGAUUCGCGAUACACGAAUCGUCACUUUGUAAUUUGUGCGCGACGCCAGCAAGUCGAAAUAUGCCCGUAACCGUUACACUCUCACUACAACCUGUAGUGAUUCAUUCAACCGCAUUCCAAGAUGGGAAAUGAUGAACGAUUCAUGUUUUGAGACCCGGAGUCUACAAACUGCACUAAAAUUAGCUGUCAAAUUCUAAUUCUAUUAUACAGGAGUAGGAGGGGUAGGUCCUGGUUGUUCUGUAAGACCGCUUCAUUUGCCUCACCUCUGUGGAUGUCAGCCGUUAGCGCCCAUUUGCGGAACGCAAAACGUUGGCGAAGGUAAUCUUUUUAUGCCACCUAACCAUAAUAGAAAAAAAUCGUAAAAAUCAAUUAUAUUCAGAUUGAAAAAUUACCAACAAUGUUUACAGAAGAACAACUGACGGCUGACAUUCACAUCUGCAAGUUACUUCUGCAUUAAUAUCAGCGGCUUUACCUCGCGAUAACAAUAAGAGACGUUGAAAGGACGUAUGUGUAUGUCAUUUGAAAAAAUUUCUCCUGGAAACUGGCGCCCACCUAUAGGUGAUGCCAUGGCUGAGGUAAGAAAACCACGAAGAUCUGCAAUAUACUCUGUCGAAAACAACAUAUCGAUAUCCAGUGGAACAGAGAGACUAAUAUUUGACCGGGGAAAGGUGAAUGCCACCAAUGCAAACAACUCUCUCAAACAUCCAGACACAAGGAAACAUACGGUCCUUCGGAUAACAGUUGUAAAACAUGGUCGAAACCAAAGUGGCGAAACACCCCAAGUUCUGUCUGUAACCAAUGAUUUUAAACAGGGAAAUAUGAGAGAGACUGGAGCUAAUGCCAGGAGCAAAUCUUUAGAUAUCAUGAAGGGAGCAAACGUUCCCAUUUCCUUUCAAGUCAGCGAUAGGGGAUCGGGCGAAAAGGACGUCUUACUUAACGACUUAUACGGCGGCAAGCAAAUUUCUUUUGAUGGGCGUUCUUCAAAUGAAAGCAGUGAAAACGUACCACAACAAAAAGAGGCUUCUGAUUUAUCAGCUCAAGACCCGGAUAAGCAGCAAGGUAAAACAGAUUCGAAGGUGUUAUUGGAGGCGAAGUUGAAUCCGCUUAGAAUAGGUAUUCAGCUGGAUGGUGACAAAACUAGCAAAGAAGAGUCCACUAAUCAGCCUACUGAAAGCAUUUCUCUUCAAGAAGUUUUAAAGGAUAUUGACGAUACAUCACAAAAAGCGGAUCCUUCACUGGAUGAAAACAAGGGUAAAGAAGAGAACGCAGUUCUUAUAAGUUUAAAUAAUGAGAACGUAAAAGAUGACGAUUCGCAUGGCACGCAACAACAUGUGGUCAAGGAGGACGAAAACCUGGGUAAGUUACAUAUACAGGCAACGAGCAACAAAGAAAACAAAAAUGGAACAGAAGUAAAUACGGCGGGGGUUUCCAUAACAACGGAGAGCAAGGGGCUUCAAACGAAUGGCCUUAUGAAAGUUCUUUUGACCAAGUUACUUGGAAGCGACAUAAAAGAUGCAUUGAAAGAAAAGGAAUCAGAAGCGCUAAAGCCAACAGGUGGCCGAAGAAUUUCCUCUUCAUUAGAUAUGGCAUCCACAACUGCUGCUGGUACUUCUGUAGAAUCUCCUCCGGGAACAAUGAAAGGUGUGGACACAGCCGAAAUGAACAACAACGCAGGAGCAGUCAACAGUAUUGAGCCACCUUCAAUGCACCAAACUGAUCCUCAGUGCCUCGGAGGAGAGCCUGAACCGGACCUGUUGCCUACUACCGGAACAAGAGUUCCAGGAAAUCUUCGUCUACCAGGCGGGAGGGACUGCUCUCAGGGAAUGGAAAGUUUACCCUCUUCAAACGUAGCGUCGAGUUCACCGACAGGCAUGGUUAUAGAGUCUGCACCAGGAACACAGCAAGCAGUCGGAAAUGGAAUGCCCCUUCCCGCCCAGGUGGUGCCAAAUCCGCCUCCCCUUGUUCCCUCUAACCAAAGAUUUGGCUCCACAACGCCAGCUGGGGUUGGUGUUGAAUCACCGCCUGGUACCAUUCAUGCGGUUGGUACCAGUAUUCCUGCAGAGGGCAUCAGUGAAUUAGGUGAUAAUGGUAAGAUAAGAUGGUGAGAGAAGCAUGCGCAUGGACUCUCAAAGCGAUGACUGCAUGGUGGCUGACAAGACUCCUCUAACAUACGGGGCGCAAAACGCAUGAGACUCUCUUCUACUUGAAUUCAAGAGAAGACCCAAGACGCAUAAAGUUUUCAACUCUUCUAUUGCAUCUAACUUGUAUUAUAAUAUCGCUUGUUACCUUGGGCUGCAAGUGCAAAAUUUGGCUCUCGCCUACGUUUCUUCUAACGCAUUCGCAAAAACCCCAAAUACUUUCUUCAUUAUAUUGCCAUAAUGCAAUAACAAAGGCACUAAUUAGUCCAUCAAUAUUUAAUAUCAGCAUAUCUGUAAUGAAAACUAAAAUAACAUGAAAGUAGACUCUGAAAUAAAAUACGCAUAAAUUCGUGUGCUGCCGUUUGCUAUUUAGUGAGUUCCAAUUUAACGAUGAAAAGCUAAGUACUUACCUCAUGACAAGCCAUAAAAAUCAAAGCAUAUUUGCUCAUAUCUGUAAACUAAGCGACAUUUAUAACAUAAGAUAAAGGUACCCUUGAGUGAAGAUAAAAUACAGUUCUUAUUAAAUAGUGGUUUGUGCAUAUUAAAGAGGAUGUUGCUGCGGUUUCAUAAUAAUGUAACGUUAACCUCAUUCUCACUGAUAUGCAAUUAACAUGCUGUUUUUCGCUUGCUAAAACGCAAUAAGGAAUGUUUCAAUUUUUUAGGAGAAAUAGGCUAUUAUUUUUACUGGCUCACAUAGAUAGCAUUUAUAAGCUACUUCUUCAGGUCCUAAACGAUAUUUGAUUUGAAAGCAAAGUCGUUUUUUUCUCGUGAAUUUCCGAAUAAUUAAUAAGCGCGGUAAAAUAAAAUUGAAAAAAAGAAGAAAAAGAAAAAAAAAUCAAAUUUCGUCGUUAUAAGUUUCUGUUACUAAACAGAUGCUCGAGAAAUUAUAAUCUGUUUCUCUCAUUUAUUUUUUAAUUUUCCCUAGGAGCGUCAACAGGAGUUACUGGCGGGGUAGGGGGAAGCAUUGGAGGUGGCAUUGGAGGCGCGGGGGGUAUGGUAGGAGCAGGCGGAACAAAUACUGGAGUCGGAGGGGGAAAUAUAGGGGGUGGACUUGGCGUUGGAGCUGGAGGUAUGACUGGAGGAGGUGGCGGUGUUGGGGCUGGUGGAAUGGGUGGAGGCGGCGCUGUUGGAGCUGGUGGGAUGGCUGGAGGUGGUGGGAUGACUGGUGGAGGCAUGGUCGGGGGUGGCGGGAUGGCGGGUGGUGCCACGGUUGGGGGCGGCGGAAUGGCGGGUGGAGGCAUGGUCGGAGGCGGUGGGAUGACGGGUGGUGGUAUGACUGGAGCCGGUGGGAUGACGGGUGGUGGCGGAAUGGUAGGAGGUGGUGCUGGCGGAAACGUGGGAGGGGUAGGAGGGGGUAUGGGAGGAAGUAUCGGAGGUGUGACCGGUGCUGGCGGGAACAUAGGUGGAGGGGGUGGGGUUGGAGUAGGAGGUGUUGGUGGAGGCAUGGGAGGAGGGGCGGGAGGGAGUAUCGGUGGAAUAGGUGGGGGUAUGGGUGGUAUUGGGACUGGCGGUGGAGUAGGUAUCGGGGGAGGCAUCGGUGGAGCUAAUAUGGGUGGAGCUGGAGCGGGAAGUGUAGGAGGAGCAAGAGGAAUGGAAGGUGAGCACGUAACAGCACCUUAAAUAUUUGAUUUCGUUGUUCUGAUUUUAAUAUCUAGACACAAAAGUCAUGAAUGACUGGUCAAUUCUUCUCUCUUGUCAUUUUCUAUAGUCGUAUUGGAUUUGGCGUUCUUGGUCGAUGGGUCUUCAGCUGUUGGAAACGAACAAAACUUCCAGCAGUUACUCAACUUCGUUAGCGCCGUGUCGCAUUCAUUCUCCAUCCAUCACGACAUGACUCGCGUCGGAGUUGUUGUUUUUUCUCUUGAGGCUUUUGUCAUCUUUAACUUUCACACAUACUUUGAUAUACAAAACAUCGAUCAAGCACUGUCUUCUGUGCAAUAUCCUGGAACAGAUGGUCCAGGAACAUACAUAGGACGGGGUUUGCUUGUUGCAAAGCACUACCUCUUCAGUGCCUCAGGAAGAGGACAUGUGCCGAGAGCCAUUGUUCUUCUUGCUGCCGGAAGAUCUAUUGAUGAUGUUAUCACACCGUCUAUGGAUAUCAGGUCGAAUGGAGUGGAAAUGUUUUGCGUGGGUAUCGGCAACCUUUACAGUAAAUUACAACUUCACGCAAUGGCAAGUUUUCCACACAGUGAACACAUUUUCAGGGGUGAUUACUCACAAAUGGGGCGAACUGCACAACAAGUCGUCACCAAAAUAUUAAAAGGUCAGAAUGACACUUUUUUAAUCAAUUUGUGAAAUGAAUAGUAUAUGCUUUUCUCGUUGUUGAAGUUAUUUCCUUCACGGGUUGCGACGUUUCAACCGAUUCUAACAAAAUGUACAUUUAUCUUAAACAGGCAUUUCUGUUCACUUCUGUCGACCCUGCUUUGACGGUGAGUUCGAUAAGAACAUUUUAAUAGAAAUUCCUUGUCAGAGGUAAAUUAUGAUUUUUUUAAUGCAUGUAAAGAACGUGUACAUGUGUUAUAGGGCAUCAGGAACUGUGUGAUUACUGUCCAAGUGAAUUUCAAGAUGACGAUGAAGUGGAAGAGGGCUUCAAGCGUCACCAUCAUCAUCAUCAUAGGCAUGAUAAAGUCCACGUUCAACCGUUUGAUGGUGAGCGGAGACAUUCCAAGAGAAAACGACCCACUGCCAAAAUUAGUGGAGAUUAUGAAGUCAAGCAACUAGCUAUGGGCCGACAAAGACAUGAAGAGCAAAGCUAUAACGCUGACUCAUUUAGCAACACCAAUGACGCCGUACACCCCACGACAAAUCCCGACACAGAUUAUUAUGGUGAAUACAAAUUUGAUGACGGAAAAAUGACCGUGGAAGACAAUGGUAAGUAUUCCUAAGAAAGUAUAAAGAAUUGCCAAUAACUUAAGAUCAGUUCGGUUUACACGUGAACAAAAAUUUCUUUGACAAAUGAAAUUUCUCCCAGAAUUUUGGACUCUCUGCUAGAUCUUAGGCUUAAGAUAAUCAAGUAUUAUUUGUUGCUGCUUGGUAUUCGAAUAUUUACCACCCGUCUAAUAAACGAGGCCAGCACGGUCAACCAAGCGAGCGACUUUGGUUAUCUCACAGUUUAAACUGGCCUGGUUUACUGAUCGCUAAUCAAAUGGAUCUAUAAACGCAAUCGCUACCCUUUCAAUACUUAUAUUUUAGUAUGUGAAAAAGACCAUUAAACUAGUAAAUGAUCCAGUCAAUUUUCUAUCUGUACCGUUCCGAAGUGGAGGUAGUCGGAGAAUAAUGAAAGUGGGAUCAUGAUUUAUUUCUAUAAUGACAGACUGCAAGGACUACUCAGAUGACUGCAACGACUAUGCAUCACGUGGUUUUUGCAGUGAGUAUGCUCCGACAGCCAGCAUAGGAACCAUAAACAUGAUGUGUAAGAGAGCAUGUGGUACCUGCUCAUCCAAUACAAUGUGAGUGUACAUCUCCGCUGCCUUCAACCCAGUAACUAGUAUAAAGAUAACACCAACUUAAAAUCCUUCGGCGCCUUUGAAGGUAAUUCGUACCAGAGCAAGCUAAGUAUUCUUAUACAUUACGGGCAGCUUUUGUUUCAGGCGAAAAUUUCAAUUUCAAGGUUGAGUUUGUAAGUUAUACCAUGUCUCUAAGUGCGAGCAAAUAGAGACUGCCUUUCUUCAAUAACGUUAGUUUCAUGUUCAGUGACAUGAAAUGUUCAGGUAUGAAUCAUUCGCCUUCUUUAUCUGAGAGUUGUUCUCCCAUUAGACAAUUUUUUUUAAUUUCAGUCGACUUUUGAAAGAAAUUUCUUACGAACAAUAUUAUAUCUUAAUACAUGCCCAAGAAACUAUUUUACACCACAUAACUAUAAAGUAACACAGCUCAUCGAACAAACAAUCUUUAUCGAAGAUAUUGUAUUCUGAAAGCGCUGAUUGUGCUUUUUUUUCUCCUUAUUUUGAAGGCCCAAAGAAAAGCAGGAUACGUACGAGCUUAGCGAAAGAGAUCCUUUUUAUAAGAAAGAAGAAAUUGAAAACGCCAAGGAUCAAAAACCGAACCACCUGAAGCACCGUUUAAAUAAACUGUAACGCAAUGGUCACAGUAGAGAAUCAUUCUAGAAUAACAUAUCUUUCAAAGAAGAUUUGUUACUGUCCCCCCCUUAUAAAUUAUUCUUUAAUCACCCUCUUUUGGAGAUGCGAGAACUAUCUAGAUGUUUCUAUACAUACAGGUAUUACCUGUACGCUUUUGCAAACUCUUGACGGUUAUAUAGCUAAACCAUUUUCUCCAUGAAAAUUGUUUAGAAAUCUACUUCAUGUAUGUGCACAUACUUAAGGACAGGACAAACACAAUCAAGAGUACAAUCUCGUGUUGUUACAUAAAGCAGAUUACUGAAAAAGCAAGAAUCCAAAAUCCACUCGGUACAAAUGUUAGGCUUUAAGCAUUACAACAAAUUUGUUACGGACCUGUGCCACGCUUUUCUUUUGAAAAUGAUAUAUAGCAUCUAAUGAGGGAAAUGACUGAAAUCCUUGCAGCCUUUUAUUAUCUCUGAAUCUCAUAGCUGGCGUUUUCAGACUAGCUUGUUGCACAUUUUUACAAAAAUAUAAGUUGG